ACCGGCUCCAGCAUGAAGGUUACCGUGGAUUUUGAGGAGUGUCUGAAGGACUCGCCCCGCUUCAGGUAAAGCCCCUGCCGGGGAGUCAGCGCGGCCUCCUGCCCCCUAUAGGGGUAACCGUGCAGGAGGGAGAGGUCAAACUUUAAAAGUAACAAUCUCUCCCUGAAUGCACCCCACUGACACCAACUCUGCCACUACAUCUCCCAUCAGGCUCAGCCAGCCAUUACUCUGCCUGGCUUAUACCUGGCUGAGCAUCAUGGGAGAUGUAGUUUAGAAACAUGGGAGCCAGGGUUAGCCUCCAGCCCUGUGUACAUACAGUGCAUGCAGCCCAGUGCCCCUAUAGCAUGCUAUGUCAGUAAUGGCAUUACUGUGGAUUAUGGCUCACUAUGGGGACUGGGGGUGGGGAGUAAACGAGAGAUCAAUCCUCUGACACAAAGUGUUGGGGGCUAACAAGUUUCUUUGGUGCAAGACAUAUUUUGCUGUGUGAAUAUCAGGGUUCACCACAUUUCACUUACUGAGCAUUGGGAAAGAGUUUGCAACAGCUGGGGUGUCAAAGGUUAAGUGUGUGUGUGUGUGUGUGUGUAUAUAUAUAUAUAUAUAUAUACACAUACACACACAACAUUUUAUAUAGUUGGUAAAAUGGAGAUUUUGCAUGGAUGCAAUAUUGUUAGAACUAACCGGGUUAUUUACUAUAGCGGGAAUGUCGUGUAUUUUAACUUUGAGACCAAAAUUGCUGAUCAGGAAAAUGUCUCUCAGUCACUUAUUAUUAUUAUUAUUAUUAUUACCACAUAUGCUUCAAGUUCUUCUGUUUUGGCCAUAACAUUUAAAUUUACUUUUAAUUCCCCAAAAUUGUCAUCGUAGGAAAUAACCUUGUGGGAUGCUGUAAGUGCACUGGGGUAGGCAAUUUUCAAUGUUUCUUUAUAUCUCAUACUGAAAACAAGACAUCAUGUUCGUAGAACUCUUAAAAUAUGUUAUUUUUAACAAUUAAAGGGACAUUCCAGGCACCCAGACCACUUCUGCCCAUUGGAGUGGUCUGGGUGCCAACUCCCACUACGCUUAACCCUGCAAGUGUAAUUGCAGUUUUUUUUUUAUAAACUGCAAUAAUUACCUUGCAGGAUUAACUCCACCUCUAGUUGUUGUCUACUAGACAGCCACUAGAGGGCACUUCCUGGUUCCUAGCACAGGAGCGUCGCGGGACGUCCUCACGCUGUGUGAGGACCUCCAGCGUCGCUCAUUUCCCCAUAGGAAAGCAUUUUCAAUGCUUUCCUAUGGGGAGCGCUAAUCGUCGCUGCUGCCUCAGGUAAGUUACGCAACCGGGGAUUGGGGGGUGGGAGGGAGAGGGUACCUGCAAUGCCAGGAAAACUGAUUGUUUUCCUGGCACUGGAGUUUCCCUUUAAGCGGGUUAUAUUUGAAACAAUUAUUUUGUAUUGCAUUGAAAAACAGCAAAAACUAAUUGAAAAUAACCAAGUUGUCAAUAGAGCAGAGUUGUUUAUAUAAUAUCUGUUAGCAAGCAGAACGUAGACCUAUGGAUAUUCAGCAAUUAUUAAUUUUUUUAAAAGUUUUUGGAGGACACAAAACUGUUAAUGUUUAGAACUAAACUGCUCCUUUCAGUUUAAAAAAAAAAAACCAGAACAACAAAAACAUUUCAAUCACUAAUAAUGACAUAUUCCAAUUAAAUGUGUUUGUUAUUACUAUUAUUGUUGAUAGAGCAUAGUACACUUGGAUUAUGCUAAACAUGGUACAGUGGAUUAUGGUUUCACGAAACGUGAUGGUGAUUUUGUAUAAAACGUACUUAAACGGGGGACCCCCACCCUGAGUUUUCUGCCUAGUCCAUGCAAUAAUUAUAUUGUGUAUAUACUAUUAGGUAAAGAGAAACAAACACUCCAAGCACCAUAACCACUACAGUAUGGUCAGAUCAAAGAUAAAGGGUUUCUCCAAGAGUCAUAACAAUUAUACACAAUGGUACCCUGGCAUAGUUUUCUGGGAAUGGGGAAAACUGCUUAGCAAUAAUUCCCUGCUGGGAUGAUCCAGACGGUUGUGUAGUUAACUCAUCAGGAUGGAGGUAAAAUACUGUAUGUGCAGUUUUUCACAGUGAAAUUCUGCACAUAAAGGCUUCAGGCACAUUGACCACAUUAAAUCAUUGAAGUGGUCAUUGUACUUCGAGUAACCAUUUAACAAAUAUAUUAAAUAGUCCACUAAUAAUAUUUAGAAAAAUUCAUACAAAGUGUCACCAAAAACACCCUUGUGAAUAAAUAAGAAAAUUUUGAUUAAUACUCCUUACAAAUACAUUCUAGGGAAACCAACACAUCACCAUCCACUUUCAAGUGAAUAGUGCCCAAAAGGAUAUUGUAUUAUAAUAUUAUAAAGAAUUGUAGUAACUACAGUGGUCACGAUGCUUUGAGUAUCCCUUUAAUUGGUUAAUCCAACACUUCUAAAACAUUUAAAUUUUUUUAAUAUACAAUGUCCUGUUGGACACUACUUAAUCCCUCCCUCUGCCCCCCAAAAAAAACAUACCCUUGUAAAAUAAUGAAUAACUUACCUGGAAUCCAGGGCUAGGUAAAGUUCCUCUUGCUGCCUUUCACGUCACUGCUUCCAUUUGCAUAGUCCAAUCAAAUGCUCCUCGUUCUCACGGCUCCUCUCAGCGCUGCCUGCAAGGUUUGAAGCUGAUUACGCCUGUUUCCAACUUGCAGAUGAUAGAGCUCAUUAUUGCAUGGAUUUAAAGAGACACUGCAGGCCCCUAAGCACUUCAGCUUGCUGAAAAGCUUUAUGUGUAAAGAGUGUGGAAUCUUUUAUUUAUUUAUUUUCAUUUUGCAAAAAGUGCAGACUUCAAUAGAAAUUGACUUUCAAGCUGAGAACAGACAUUACUUCCUGGUUUGGUUAGAUCAGGAAAGCUUAACUCAAGAGUCAGCAAUUACUCUGAGCAAUUGGCUUGCAAAGACUUGAGCUGCAUAGGCAAGUCUGUGAUUUGACAGCCACAAAAAGUCUAGGCUGUUUUUAUAUAUUCCCCCAAUGAAGAAAUGCACAAUUAAAUGCAUGCAGGUUUUCAUUUGGGGUAUAUCUAUGAAACAGUGAUUUUUAUUUAUUUUGUAUUUUGGCAGUGGAGUGUGUAAGUCACGUGCCGGUGGUGUAACUAGCUCCUGGUACAAAAGUAAAAAUGCAUGCAUUUAAUUGUGCAUAACAUUUAGGCCUAAGCAUACGGAUUGAAAUUGUAAGCCCUGGUAACAUUAUUAAAAACCAAAGAAAAACAAGUUACCUGCGCUCUCUCCUUAAUCCCUAAGUAUAUUUAGACAAAUGGAGGUCAUUUAGUUACUCCAAUGGCCAUUGGAGGGAAUGCCCACCUGCCAACGUCAAGGCAUACCUCCUCCCCCCCCUCCCUGGCAAAGAUCUCUAAUGAGACAGAAAGGGGUAUUUUUUUAUAUACAUCCCUAUAUAUUUAUUAACCCUCAAUAGGGAACACUUGCUCAAAGAAGCAAGGUGAAGGAUCAGAGUAGGACCCGCUUAGGGGGUCUGCCUUGACGUUGGCAGGCAGGCAUUCCCUCGAAUGGCCAUUGGAGUAACUAAAUGACCUCCAUUUGUCUAAACAUACAUAGGGAUUAAGGAAAGAGCGCAGGUAAUUUGUUUUUCUUUGGUUUUUACUAUAUAUUGGGACUGAUGUGUACUGUAGUCAUUGCUGCUGCCCAGUAGUGAUGGGAGUGAGCGCAGGACUUAUCUUUCUGCACUGGUAAUAUUAUUGGCUUGGAAAAGUGAUAUUAUUGGUAACUAGAAAAAGGAUGACAAAGCAUUUUUUUUUUAAAGCCACCGUGACAUGUGAUGUGUUUUUUUGGGGAAGGAAGUAUUAGGAGCAGUCUGCACGUUAUCUGAAUGUUUAGAAAUCUAAAUAUCAUGUUCUGGUGACUCACUGAGCUCUGUAGAUCUUUAUACUGACAGGGACGUGGAAGCAAAACACAAAGCCCCCCCCCCCUCUUUGGUUUUAUUUUGAUAAACGUUUGGUUGCAAAUGAAUUCCUGCCGACUGGUUGCUGGUGUUUUGAAGUCUGUUCUGUUAUUCAGUGUUCGUUUACACUAGAACCUUGGUAUUGUACAUUUUACCUCAUUUAAUUUAUGAAGCAGCACUAUGACCUCGAGGAACCCAAACCAUUUCCAUAAAUCAAUUUCAAACAAUAAUAUAAAUUGAUUAAUAUUUGCAUUUAAGCAAAUUUUUAUUUUGAAAAUAUUUAUAACCACUUAAACAUGUGCCAGUUUUUUUUGUUUGUUUUUUGUGUGGAGGUGGACUUACAAUUGAAUCACAAUUUUAUAACACGUGUGUGUGUGUGUGUGUAUAUAUAUAUAUAUAUAUAUAUAUAUAUAUAUAUAUAAAAAAAUUAAAACUUAGUACAUGUGUUACAAAAAAGGUCCUGCACUCCAACCUUUAUUAUAUGAUGAAUUCAGACAACUGGUCCUGUUACUUCUUAGUUGUUUCGCUCAGUGGAGCAAAACUCAAGAGGAAGGGAAGGAAAUUGCUCAGAGCAUCUACCUUGCAAAGACUUCUCAUUGAGCUGCUUUGGGAUUGGACAGCCACAUAAAGUCUGGGCAGAAUUAAAAAGGGAUGGCUUGUAAAGGCUGAAGACAGAAUGAAAAGUGCAUAAUUUAAAUGUAUAUUUUUACUAAAUGGUGAUUUAUUUAUUGAAUGAUUUUAUUUCUGUUUUAUUUUCUUUGAUUUAAAAAUAAAAUGUAAAAAAUCUUUUUAAAGCCAGACUGGGAGCAUUGGCAGUUAAUUUUAUUUUAUUUGGUCAUUUGACUUAGUUUCUUGUUGAAACCAGGACAUAUUUUUGGUUUUCCAGAUCCUUGAAUUUUAAAUGGGUAUUUGUUUUCCCGUCCAAUUGAACAUUUUGGAACAUUACAGCCAAAUUAGAAAAUAUUUUUCUAGCCUGACUCCUCUCCCCACCCCACCCCCCAACUAUUCCCUGAUAAGUUCCCAGUUUAGUGAAUAACUCAUAGUGUGAUAGUAACCCAUUUGGAUAUAUUAUUUACUGUAAUUUUUAUCUUACAGCUUGUAUCUUGUAAAAUAAAUCUAUUUUACUGAUGUCACAUGUUGAAAGUUAAUACACAAGCACUUUUGGCAAGUCUGGCAACAAUUUGCGGAUAUUAUUUUGCAAUACCUGCAACCUGGAGAUAGAUAUAUAUAAUUUUUUUUAUUUAAAAAAAAUAAAUUUCUGGGGUAGUUUGUUCUGUACCAAAAGGGAUAACUCUUAAAGAGAAACUAUUUUUUUUAUAUAUAUAUAUAUAUAAUAUAUUUAUUAUUUAUUGUUGUUGCAGGUCAUUAUUUACUGUUCUCUGUAAUUGCUGUAGAUAUUGUUUCUACUGUGUAUCCCUCCCAAGUAACAACAUUAUCUCUCUUGCAUCUUGUGGUGAUCAGCACUUCCAUAUUCAUUCAAGGGGAACAGUUACUAUUCUGGAAGUCACGCCAUUGAAAGCUGCCUAUAACUUGUGUAAAACUUUUUUUAUGUAAUGUUCCUGUGUUGGUGUGUUGUUGUUGUUUGUUUAGAAUACUCCAUUUCCACAUAGAGGGACACUCUGGACCCCUAAAGCACUUCAUCUUGCAAAAGUCCUUUACGUUUUAAGAGUGUUUUCUCUUUUAUUUUAUUUUUUACAAAAAGUGCCGAUUUCAGUUGAAAUUGGCACUUUUAUAAAUUCAGACAACCAGUUCUGUUACUUCAGUGGAGCAAAUUCAAGAGGUAGCCAAUUGCCAAGAGCACUUGCCUUACAAAGACUUCUCAUUGAGCUGCAUUGGGAAUCUUGUGAUGGGACAGCCACACAAAGUCUGGGUUGGGUUAGAAGGGGAGAAUUUUCAUACGGUUACUAUGUUAAUAUCUUUGGAUUUAUGGAUUUAGUACAAUAACCUUAAAACUGAAAUAUCUUGCUGUUAUGUACAUCCGUCCAGUCAAAGUGGGAUAUGGAGACAUGGGAAUGUACUUUGGACGAUGCUGACUCUUCUGGAAUGUACACCAUUUAAUAAAUAUAUUGUAUGUUAUGCCAUUGACAAGACAAUCACGCAAAAAAUAAAGUCUUUUAAAAAAGGGGGGGGGGGAUUUUCAAAGGCUUCGGACAAGAGAUCUACAACUUUUGUAAGUUGUUUUAGAUAUACCCCCAAUGAAAAAGGGCAUGACAAAUCCCAGAUGCCAGGUUGUCAUGGCGACUAGGAAUUUUUUGUCCUGGUGCUUGGGUGUUUCUCAGCCCUGGCCACCUUAGGGCCCACCCAAGGCAGUUGACUUUGAGCAAUGGAGGUGAAGGAGUUGUCAUCUGUCUGCUCUGCUCCAUCAUUCCCUGUGAUGCCAGUACACUGCAUUCCCUCUGAAAAUGCAGUGUUUUUAAAUUGAAAAGCCUUUAGGGACAGAACCACUACAUUAAGCUGGUGACUAUAGUGUCCCUUUAAGAAUUGUAUUUUUAUUAUUGAAAAAAACCUGGCUCCUAGGGGAGACUCUCUCUCCUAGAAAGAAAGAAAAUUUGUCAUGCCCUGCUAUAGUCACCAGAACCACUACAGCUUAAUGUUCUGGUGUCUAUAUCUAUAUCCUGUCCCGGUCUGGUCAGCAGUGAAAACGUUGCCUUUUCUGAGAAAUGGCAGUGUUUACACUGCUGUCCAAGUCCACAUCUAGUAGCUGUCACUUGGAUAGACAAUAGAGGGACUUCCUGAACGAGGUCCUGCAAUCUUUACAGGACCUAUAUAUUUAACAUACUUACUCUCUUGAUUCAGUGAAUCUUUAUGAGGAGAUGCUGAUUGGUGCAGGAAGGACAUUUUCUUGUGCAUGCUCACUGGCCUCCGAAUGCUUUCCUAUGGGCAAGAAGUGCAUUGACUGAGACCAUCAAGAUUGAUGAUCUCUACCAAGGAGGUGGGGACCAGCAAAGCAAGGCCUAAAAGCUAAGUUUACAUUUUUUUAAUUAAAAUAAAAUAAAAUAUGUAAUUAAUUAGGUAUAGGGCACGCAAAGUAGAAGUGGUUUGUGAUGUAAAACACAGUAGUGAAGCAGUGACAUAUGAAUUGGAGCUCCCCAAAUAUUCAACAUAAAGCAAGUCUCUCAUUAAGUAUACAACCUAUACUAAUCUUUUAAAAGUGCAAAUAAAGUGAUGCAUAAAAAUGUGUAAUGGAUAAGUGAUAUCUAAGACUAGAUGUAAAAAAAAAAAAAAACCUGAUCGUGAGGCUUAUCCACUAAACGAUUGCCAUAUCUAUAAAGUGAAAGGUUCAUUAUGCAUCCCAAUAUCAAGCAAACAUACAUACAAAGUGACAGCCCGAGUUCCUUCCUGGCACCAUAAUCACUGCAGCAAGUUUGGAGUGUUACUGUAAUACGUACUCUUCUCAAGCACUAUCUGUCUGCCAUCAAAACAGGUUUGUGGACAUUAUACUAAUGGACCACCUAUCCCCGGUGCCUGUUUCCUUCCAAUAUUUCGGCUGGCCCUACUAUAGGAAGCAUCCCUAAGCAAGGCACAACGUCUGAUAUGAUGCUAGAGUGCCUGCUUCAUUGCCAACACAUGGGUGUUAGAAUGGAAACCCUUCUAAAGCGUGUUAACAUCUGAUUGAAAAUGAAACAUUUUUUUAAGCAGACAUAACAAGCUGUGUGAGUCCCAACCAGGGGAGGUGUGGCCAGAGCUAUAUGGAAAGAAACAAAGGUUUUAACUCCUAAUUGAUGGAUAAUUUAACAGUAAGACUGCAGGGGGAUGAUCUAUACGUAUAGUUGAUGCCUAUAGUAACCUUUAAAAUGUUCUUUAAAUACAUACAUCUGCUAGUAAUGCGACUAGCACAAUGUAAAAAUUAAAUGGUCUCUCCUUUAAAGAAACACUCUGAGCAUAUAAUUACUACAGCUCCGUUUAGGGGAUUUUAGUCUCUAGGCAAAGUACUGCAGUUUUAUGUCAAGCUGUUUAGAAGUAGAUUAAUAACAUAGUGUCUCUCAUUUGCACCUGGAGAUCUCCCCCUCCUGCUAUAUUGAUUGAACAGAAUUUACACUAACUCAUUAUCAAUGUCCAUUUUAUCCAGCCUGGACGACAGUGACUGACUGAGAGUGCUGGGUUAACCUGCUUCCAGCGCUUUUGGCCAAUGUCUUCUUCUAAAUGUAAUGAUGGCCAAUGUCCUCCUCUAAUGUAAUGAGGAUUGUUAAGUAAACCAAAUGUGCAGUACUUAUAAAGUCUUGUCGAACACUUUACAGAAACACACAAACACACAGGAGUGUCUUGACAGAUUAAAAUGGUUUGUGAAAUUUAUAUGUGGUAAAAAUGUAAUCCAGAUUUGAACAUUUCCUAGGCGAGUAUCAGCCAUCCGACAUAGCCUACUAAGAUUGGUGGUCCUCUCAUGCAACGGGAGAAAGUUAGCAUUCAGAUCUGCCCUUUAGAGUGGAAUCAGUCUUGUGUGCAUAUGUUUUAGUUUCUAGAACUGAGUGGGGGAACCAAGUGAAAGGCAAACUCCAUGUUUUGGCUUGCUUGUGAAAUUUUACAUGUGAAAGCUUUGGUAAUGGUUUCUCAGUUCAAGAUAAAGUCAUAAAACAUAGAUUUUUGUAUAAUGGGCAAACAUAUCGCAUUGAAAACAAUCAACGUUUUAUGACCGAUUAACACCAAAUGAUUCUUUUAAAAAAAAAAUAUUUUGUAUAAUGGGCAAACAUAUCGCAUUGAAAACGUAUUUUAAAAAAAGAAUCAUUUGGUGUUAAUCUGUCACUUUAUGCACAAAUACAUGCAGUGCAUUCGGGACAAAUACAUCGUGGUUUCUUAUAUUUUAAACUCAAUGAUGGUAUGUGAAGGCUUCACAUAUUGAUUUUCAUUUAAAAAACUUUCAUAAGUGAUUGUUAUUAAAGCAUCUGGAUUUUCAAUUUUAAGGAUAACCAUUUUCUUUUUAUCUUGGCAAGAUGUGGAAAAAAUAUCAGAUGUAUAAAAGAAAGCAGCUGUAGUAAUUUAAAUUGGUUUUGCCAGACAUAUGUUUCUAAUUUUAAGGUUUAUUUAUUUUUUUCCUCCUUGGAUAUUGUUUAAUGUUUUUAACUCCUUCAUGCCGUUAGCUCCUUAUGUAACGUCCUGUAGUUCUGCUGUGAUAGGUUUAAAUCACUGCUCACUCCCAUUAAAAUUAUACCGCCGUCGCCAAAAUUAUAUUGAUAAUUUCUUUGUCAGUGGGCAAACGUUCGAAAUCAGCAGGGGAUCAAAUACUUUUUUCCCUCACUGUACAAGGCAUUUAGCAAUCAGGACUGAUUCGUUAAGCAAUAUUCUUGCUCUUGCUUGCAUUAUGUGUGUGUGUUGGCUAAUGCAAGUGCACUUACAGUAUUCUGUGCAAAACUGACCCAGGAAGCACCUCUAGUGACUGUUUAGGAGUUUCUGUCCCUGCAGCCCUAGCCACACCUUCCCUGCCUGUGACUCUCACAGCCUGCAUGAAAAAAAAAUAAAAAUCAUUUCAACUAGAUAACUUGCUUUAGAAGUUUCUAUCUCCUGCUGUUUAAAUUGAACUUUAAUGACACACAGGAGGCUCCUGCAAGGUCUAACAAGCUAUUAAUAGUGCAGGAGAUAAGAAAUUUUAAAUUAACCUCUUAGUGAUCGUAGACGUGCAGGGUACGUCAGCCCAAAAAAUGGUCGUCAAAGACUGCACACGUACCCUGUACGUCCGCGGUCAAAAUGAGCGCUGGAGAUGAUCGUGAUCGCUUCCAGCCGCUCUAAGGGUAUUACAAAAUGCCUCUAUCGGGGCAUCGUGGAAUACCCUCCUCAUUGCCGGGCACCCGAGUUAUCGCUCCCCUUGGAGCUAUCACUGCCGGGUUGCUGCUCGUGGCGCCCAGCAGUGUAGUGCAGAGCAUCGGAAGCCUUCAGACAGUCUUCCGAUGCACUGACUGUAUUGAGUUCCUCGAGGGGUCGAGGCACUCAGUAAAUGUAAAGGGGGAAAAAAAAUGUAAUUAAAAAACAAAAUAUUAAAAACCCACCCUCCCUCCCCAUUUACUUACCGAUCGCUACCGUUCCCCCGCCGGCAAUCGGUCUUCUUCUGAUGGGUUAAGCCCAGACAGUCCCCCCCUUUGCAAUUUAAGACCCCCAGGGGCCAUGUGACCGCUCUAAAUAGGUAGCUUCAACAUGGAUGCUGUCCAGGAGGUGGGAGGGUCUGGGAGGGAGGGCUGCUGGAGAUUGGCCGGGAUGUGUCAGCUGACCGGAGUUCGCGGCGAACUGUUCGCGACAUCACUAGUCCCCAACUACAAAAGUUCGCGAACGGUUCGAGACAUCACUAUUGGGGACAAUAAGCAGAGUUAAAGUAGUGGUGGUACAAGUAGGUUGUGAUGUGCCAAAACCAACGCUCAGGUAGGCCUGUAAAAGUGGGCCCACUAAGUGAAUGCUUAAUAAAGGGAGCGGUGGGUGGGCUUAACCAGGAAAUCUCGGCCCAGAGGAAGGGGAGGCCUGUGAAUUUAUAGGCCGGACAAACCCCUCCCACAACUACAGGCUCCGCCUUUCCAUUUGUAGUCUGGGACAUUAAGCCGAGUUAUAGUAGUGGUGGUGGUGGUGGUGGUACAAGUUGGUUGUGAUGUGCCGAAACCGAUGUUCAAGUAGGCCUGUAAAAGAGGGCAAAAAGUUUAACAAUUUAAUCCUUAGUAGGUGUUGACAUUACAUAACCAGUACUUUAAAUGCCUGCCUCAGUUCCCUCUCCGUUUGAGGGAUAUCUGGUGUAUGCAGACAAUUUUAUUCUAACUGUGUUUUGAUAUUAAUACAUAUAAUUUCAUUCUAUGUAUAUCUCCUUAACGACCGUGGACGUACUAGGUACGUCCGACAAAAAACGGUCGUUAAGGACGUCUGCGGCAAAUAGGAGCCCUGGACUUAUCUGGAUUGGCAAUCCGCGACAAUCACAGUCUGGGGGGGACUGCCGGAGACCCCAGCAGUCCCCCUGCAGCAGCUCCGGUCCUCCAGGGCCAUGUGAUCACCAUGAUCACAUUGCUGCAAUAGGACUCUAGGAGCUGCCAGCAUGGGGACUGUCUGAGCUGUCAGGCAGUCCCCUGGGCUGCUAAAAAAAAAAAAAAAUGUUAUACAUAUAUAUGUAGAUAUCCAAGAUUUGCAACGGGCAACAGUGUCAUUUAUACCUGGAGUGCAAGCAUAUUGGAUUUUUCGUGUGUGUGUGAUUGAUAGAGAUAUAUAUAUAUAUUGUAUAUAUCUCCAUCCCUAUAUUGACCCUGUAACUUUCAAAAACACCAUAAAACCUGUACAUGAGAUGUAUUGUUACACUCGGGAGACUUUGCUGAACACAAAUAUGAGUGUUCUAAAUCAGUAAAACUUAUCACAAAGAUGAAAUCACCAGUAAAAGUGCAGUUUUUGUGCAGUUUUUGUGCAAAAAACUUGGGCGGAUCUUGCCAGAGCUCCGAGCCACAAGCACCUAAAACUCUCGAUACCGGCUCCAACUACGCUUCACAGACAUCGGGAAGGGCAGAUUGAACAUCAGGACGGCAAAACACCGCACCUGCGCUCCCAAGGCCUACCACGUGGGCAGACAGAUCCGUGAGCUAGAGGGGAUUUACCAGGCAUGGAGUGCCGCCAUGACAUCGGAUCCACACACAGCCACACUGUCGAAGAAAUUGGUAAAAAGUCGCAAAAACAGACUCCUCUCACACCAAGAGAUAUAAGACUCAUGCUACAGACGCCCAUACCUUCCCAAGCCUCAGGCUGAUAGGCUUCACCAUCCAUGCAGUAUGGGGAAGAACUCUCCCACAGCCUGACACAGCAUGCACUAGACAGAGUGACCUUACAGGCAGCGGAGAACUCUGCACCAGCCACUAAACAGGAUACCCAAACCAUGCUAAACAGCCUGCAACAUAAUCUACAGCAAAUGUGGAAGGCAGACUUGGCAUUAAUGGCUACGGAAGUACAAGCUGUGACAGAGCGUACCCGAGCCACAGAGGAGGAUGUCGUGGAACUUAAACAGGGACUGCAAUCUCUUGGCAACAAGGUGCACCAACUACAAAUGGCACACACUGCCAUCACAAGGCAAGUUAACGCCCUUGACGAUAGAGACAGGAGGAAGAACAUAGAAGAACUUACCCAUUUUGUCAGACAACUGGUAGCCACCAUACUGCCAACGAAACAAGCUAAACGUUUCUCCUUUGAUGGGGUAUACCGCAUUGCUAAAUCACCCCAAGCUCCUGCAACGGCACCCUGGGAUAUCAUAUUGAGAUUCCAAAACCUGUCUGAUAAAAUUGGUUUAAUGAUGGCCCUUAAAGGAAAGACUCCCCUUGAAUUUGAAGCAUGUACGAUUUCCCUCUUUCAGGAUUUAAGCUGAACCACGCUGUUAUGGUGCAAGUCUAUGCAGCCCAUUACAACAGCCCUACAAAAAGCAGGACUUCCUUACAGAUGGGUGACCCCGGGUACUCUCCUGGUUACUGAGGAUGGGAAAACGUAUAAGGCAGCUGAUCCCCAAGAAGGUCCAGCACUACUAAUAGCUUUGGGACUGGAUGACCACAAAGCUUUGUCGACAGAUCUACCUCAGACUCACCAGUGGAAUGUGGCAGACAUACCACCAUUUGUCCCCAGAGACAGUCGAAGUUCUGCAAUCUGAUGCUGCAGUGACAUAACCAAAAGUUUCUAAAAUAUUGUGCCUUUUUUUAAUGUUUUUAUGUCCUUAGGUAACAUUCUUUUGGUUUGUUUAUGGUAGUUAUAAGGGGUCUAGAACCCUGCUCUACCUGGCGCCCAUACACAUGUGAGGCCCUCAAAGGCCGUAACAAGUGACAUCAUAUCCAACUCUUGUGACAUAGCCUCCCCCCCACUACCCUGUGGUAUAUGGGCACUACCCACUUUGGAACCCUAACUUAACCGCCCACGCAAUAUAGAAAAUCAUUCCAUACCAGACAGACCAGACCGGGCACACCUAGCGCUAACAUAGCUUCAGCUCCUAACACACUAGCCUAACCACCAUGUUUCUAAUCCGAAAUAGCUCCUAAGUUUAGCACUCUUAGGGAUAGGGGACCUAUAUCUGCCUCAUAAACUCUGCCCGGAUUGUUCAACACCCCAAACGAAUCGAUAAACACUACUGAUGAGUUUCCCGCAAAGCUUACAUAAUAUGUUGGUACUUUUCUAGUAGUUCUAAGACAUUAUCAAGCCUCGACAACACAGCCUGUAUUCAUCCACGUUGAUCCUAACGAGCGGUCAACCAUAUCUGUAGACAGAUAUGCUCUUUGAUACAACUACACUAUACGUCAUGUGCAAGCUUAGUGAAACCAUGUUUCCUUAUAUACCUAGUCUGCACAAGCUCAAAAGGGGCAAUCCCUUCUACAUACAGGUAUCCAUCACUGUAAUUGAAUGAUACACAAUAGCUUGUUUAAAAGUAAAAGGUGUACUAACAGGACUAGUCACUACAGCUGGUAGUAUUUCAUGAUGACCCAAGCAGGUUAGCAAUCCCUCCUGCAUACAGAAGUGCCCUUAGACACAUUCGAAUCAAAAGUGCUGCAUUUGCCAGGGAAUAAAAGAUGUUAUAAACAUGACAGCUAGUAACAAUUGUCUAGACCUCUAUCAAAAGAAAAUGUACAAUGUUCAUAAAUGUCACACCUCAUGCAGCUAAGACAAUUGUCUGCUGACUUAUAUUUGCCGUUGUGGCUUUUUUUUUUUUUGUAUCAAAAUUGUCAUGAGUUGCACCAAAAAUAAAGAACUAUAAAAAACAAAACUGAACAAACUGAAUUGGGCAAGCCCUAUAUUGACCAUGUAACUUUAAAAAAAAAAAAAACCACCAUAAAACCUGUACAUGGGGGUUAUUGUUAUACUCAGGAGUCUUUGCUGAACACAAAUAUGAGUGUUUAAAACCGUAAAACUUAUCGAUUAAAUCACGAGUAAAAGUGCAGAUUUUGUGUUAAAAAUGCAAAAAACAAAUAAAAAAGCUAACUUUGGCCAGCAUUUGUGGCUUAGUGGCUACUAAAAAAGACUGGACAUACCCCAUUUUGAAUACCGUGGGUUGUCUACUUUUACAAAGGGUAUGCCAUGAUGGGGUUAAUUUUCAUUCCUGGGCUGCUAUACGGUCUCAAAGGCAACUCAAAGGCAACAUAGGCACAGCAAACCAAUCUGGCAAAUUUCAAUGUGCAAACAUGGAAAAAGGGGAAAGCCCUACAUUUGACCCCCUGUAAGUUUGCAAAAACCCAUAAAACCUGUACAUUGGCACUGUUUUACUCGGGAGAUAAUGCUGAACACAUAUUGGGGUGUUCUUUGUAAGUAACACAUAACAGGAACUGAGAAUCAAUGCCUAAAGUACAAUGUGAGCGAAAAAUAACACAAGAAAUGACUACCCAAAAACAAACAAAGACUGGUGGUAGAAUUAGUUCAUGGAAAGUGUUAAAAUACCACCAUUUGAAAUACCCUAGGGCUGUGGUCGGCAUCCUUUUAGUAGUACUGUGCCAAAUGGAGAUUUUGAAGACCAUUGGCGUGCCGGCACUAUUUUGUAAAAUUGAGUGUGUAUAUUGCUGUAUUCUGCUUGUGUUAUUUGUGGGUGUUGCAUUUGCUUUGCAGCAUUGUAUUUGUGCCUAUGUGGCCUGUUACAUUGUAUAGAAUAAGUUCAGGAGUAGUUUGUGGAAUUGUGCAUGAGUGUGCAUGAUACCUAUGAAUGUGGGCUAUGUAAAGGGGCUAAAUAAAAAAAAUUACCUGUGCUCUUUCCAAAUCCCUAUGCAUAUUUAAACAGAUUGAGGUUAUUUAGCUGCUUCAAUGACCAUUAGAGGGAUGCCCACCUGCCACGUCAAGGCAAACCUCUAAGGUGGGUCCUACACUAACCAUUCACCUUGCUUCCUUGAGCUUCAGGCAGAGAUAUCGCUAAUGAGACAGAGAGUGGUAUUUUUCUAAACCGCUACAUACUUAUUAACCCUUAAUAGGAAAAACAUGGGAUGGACGGCAGCAUUGUAACAUACUGUGUGAUACAAAAGUGAAUACAAAAACAAGUCCUGCGCUCAAGCUCCCACUACUCUUGGGCAGCAGCAGUCACCAUAGUACACAACAGCCCCAAUACAUACAGUAAAAAACAAAGAAAAAAAGUUACCUGCGCUCUUCCAAAAUCCCUAUGCAUAUUUAAAUAAAUGGAGGUUAUUUAGUAACUCCAAUGGCCAUUAUGUAUAGGGGCUGCUUGUGGAAUUGUGUGUGGAUGACCUGUCACAUUUUGUGUUUGGUUUGGGGAUUUGUGUGUGUAUGUGGAUAGUCUAUGGUGUUCUGUUUGUGGGGACUGUGUAUUUCUAUGUGGACUGUUACUAUUAUUUGUAGAAGUGUGAGGCUUAUUCUGCAGCUUGGUGUUUAUCUAGCAGUGUGGGUGACUUCCCUGGGGUCAAGAAGGGACCGGGCUAGCCAGGUACAGGUCAAGGGCAGGAGCUGCAAUAGCUGAGGCGGAUUGCUCUACUCUAGUGCAGGGUUUUGUUCACCAGUGCUGGGAUAUAGUGAUCUGAGAUCACUUCCUCUAAAUGCUGCAAUGCGUAAAUUGAGGAUUGCCGAUCACCACCUGCAAUCACCACUCACUUUACACGAAGAACUCCUGAUAGGCCGUACCUGUUUGGUUCUAGUAGCCUUGAGUGCCGUACAAAGGCACUCCAAGUUCAAUGCAUGGCACACGUGCUGUAGGUUGCUGACCCCUGCCCUAGGGUGUCUACUUUUCAAAAAUAUAUGGUUUGAUGGGGGUAAAUUACAUUGGCCGGUUUAAAAAAUGUCCCAAAUAGGACAUGGGUGCAUGAUGACCAGCUGUGAAAAUUCCAAGUUGGAAAACUGGAAUGCACACCGUUCAAAUAAGGUCUUUUAGCCCCCAGAGAACCCGACACACCUGUACAUGGGUGGUAUCACUGUACUCAGGAGAUGUUGCUGAACACAUAUUGGGGUGUUCUUCGGCAGUAACCCAUAAAGUUCUCUGUAAAUUUAUUCUUAAAUUGGGAAGUGUGUCAAACAAAAAUCACUAUUAUUAUUAUUAUUAUUUUUUUUUUUUAAACAUUUGAUUGGUGGUAAAAUGGGAGCAUAAAAAGAGUCAAUAUAUCCCAAGUGUAAUACCUUAGGUUAUCUUCUUUAAAAAAAAAAAUAACUUGUGAAGGGUUAUUCAGGGAUUGUUGACAGAUAUCAGUGUUACAAUUUAACAUUAAUUUUAAGGGGAAAAAAUGGUGUUGAAAUAGCAAAGUGCUACUUAUUGCACUUAUUGCCCUAUAACUUUCCAAAAAAAGCUAAGAGCAUGUCAACAUUGGGUAUUUAUAAACUCAGGACAAAAUUUAGAAACUAUUUAGCACGGGUGUUUUUUGGCAGUCGUAGAUGCGUAACAGAUUUUGGGGGUCAAAGUUAGAAAAAGGGUGGGUUUUUAAAAAAAAAUUCAAUUUUAUAAAAAAUUUUAAUAGUAAAUUAUAUGAUAUGAUGAAAAUAAUCGUAUCUUUAGAAAGAACAUUUAAUAGCGAGAAAAACUGUAUAUAAUAUGUGUGGGUACAGUAAAAGGAGUAAGAGGAAAAUUACAGCUAAGCACAAACAAUCAGAAAUGUAAAAAGAGCCUUGGUCCCAAAUGGUAAAAAAAAAAAUUGAAAACUGGUCUGGUCACUAAGCGGUUAAACAGACUGUGCAAUAUAGAAAGUAUAAACAUUAAAUGUCACUUUGCAUGAAGUGUUUAGGAAGGCUUAAUGUAGUUGUUUGGGAGUGUGUAAGUAUGUCUCUGUUGGCUUUUUAAUGUAAACACCGUCUUUUCUCCACGCUCUGCAUGGAGGCGCUGAGCAUUCCUCAUAAAGAUGUAUUGUUUCAAUGUAUCUCUAUGAGUAGAUGCUGAUUGGCGCAGGGCUGCCACGCACGAGUAAUAACCUCCCAAUGCUUUGCUAUGGGCAGCGCUGGAAGAAAAGUAAGUAAACACGCCUUUCACUGUAACGACUGGGAGUCGGAGGCCUAAAUCUCACUAUAAGAACUAGUAUGUUAGGAAUACGUUUGUAUUCCUGACACUGUAGUGUUCCUUUAAGCUAAAGUUGAUUUGACGACGAUGGUAUCCCCUAAAAUUUGGGACUAAGUAAAGAGUUUGUUUAAGUUUUUGGAGAGAUUAAAUUUAGGUUUUAGGGGGAAAAAGGGAUUUUUAGGGCAUAUGGAGUUUGAAAUGUAUACAAAGUACUCACUCUCCUAUGACUGAUAGUAGACCUACAGGAGCUCUUAGUGUGAAUCACUCUGUGCUGUCUCUGCUCUAACUGCAAGACAUUUUCUGUGUGAGAGGAUGUUAGUGGGCAGAUAGGAAGUGAUCCCUUACACGCCCUGUCCAGCUUCACACACAGACACUUGAUAAACUCGAGCAGAACAGUGUUUUACAUAUUCUAUAACCAGGGCCGGACUGGGAAAAAAAUUUGGCCCGGGCAUUUUUUUAUCACAGCGGCCCACUAAGAAGGGGGAGGGGCAGAGAGGGUGUGUUUUGUCAUCACUCAUGACAAACAUGCCCCCUCUCAAAGUGAGCAUGUUGGUUCAAUGCUCUUCCAGGGCAGACCAUGCACAGAGCUCUGCUGAAGAGCUCUAGCAUGAGAAAAAAGCCCUGUAUUUGUUCUGCACAGUGCAAGCAAAUUUAAUAACAUGCUUGCACUGUGUUUCCUUGCAACUUGUCUCUGGUGUCUCUAUAAAUGGAUACCAGGAGACAAAAGGGCCAGGAAAGAGUAUUGUGCAUGUGUUUGGAGCCUGCUUGUGGUAUUGCGUGUGUGCAGAGUGAGCUGGUCGUGGUGUGGUAUUGUGUAAUAAGGUUGGUUUUAGUCGUGUCGUGUUGUGUUUGUGGUGUAAUGUAAUGCAUAUGUGGCAUGGGGCUGUAGAGAAUGUGUGUAUAGGGGAUGUAACAAGUGUGUGCAUACAGGCUAUAGUGUGUGUGUGUGUGUGUGUGUAUAGGUGAAGUGUAGUGUUUGUAGAGAGUGUGUGUUCAGGAAAUGUAGUAUGUGUUUGCUUACAAAGAAUCUAGUGUGCGUAUAGGGGAUCCAGAGUGUGUGUGUGUGUGUGUGUGUGUGUGUAUAUAUGUGUGUGUGUGUGUUUGAAGGACCCAGAAUAUGUAUAGGAGAGCUAGUGAGCGUGCGUAUAUAACUGAUUCAGAGUGUAUAUAGGGAUCUAGUGUGUGUGUGUGUAUGUGUGUAGUUGAUCUAGUGUGUUUCUGGAAUGUAAUGUGUUUACGGGUGCUGUGUGUGUGUGUAUAUAUCUGUAUAUAUGUGUGUGUGUGUGUGUGUGUGUGUGUAUGUGUAUAUAUAUAUAUAUAUAUAUAUAUAUAUAUAUAUAUAUAUAUAUAUAUAUAUAGUAACAAACCACCUCUUUUAUAGGUAGGAUUGUCACAGAUCUUGCAGUAACCACAGCCUUCUAGGGUAUACAAAGUCCAGGACACAUUCAGCUCGGUUUUCCUUUUUAUUCAAUAAGAAAACAGGUGCUUUAAAUAACAAAACAAACAAAAUCCCUUGCUCUUACUAGACAGGAAUUGCUAUCUGCAAUUGGGUGGCUUUCCCACUUACCAAUUUUCCAAACAAAAGAAAUGUCUUUGCAAUAAACACAAUUGUCAUUCACUCUCCUAGCUGUCUUUUCCUCCCUCACUCUGCAGCAGGCUGCCCUCUUCUUUUAAAGGCCUGUCUACUAAUUGACUAGCUACAGGUGAGUGCCAAUUAGUUAACUCGUAAGUCAGAUCCAAAUAGUGGUCUGUUACACAGCAACUAGUGCUGUUGGAGCACUGGCCCACCCUGCUCUCCAAAUACUCCGCCCCAGGGACCCAGACCAUGUUUUGCAGAGCAUCAGCUAUGCAUUUUGCAAACUUUAACAUCUCUCCCUGGGGCAUUUAACUGAAAAUCCUCUGGUUGCUGUUUAGCAAAUCAGGCCUGAUGUAUCUUCCAUCAACCACUAUUCCACUUUUACGCUCAAUAUAUAUAUAUAUAUAUAUAUAUAUAUAUAUAUAUAUAUAUAUAUAUAUAUAUAUAUAUAUAUAUAUAUAUAUAUAAAAAAUGUUUGGAAGUAUUGUGUAUGUGAGGGUGCUGUAUGUGAUUGAUUUGUGUGAGGGUGCUGUGUGUGUGUGUGGGUGGGUGCUGUGUGAGUGCUGAGUGUGAUAGUGCUGUGUAUGAUGUGAUGUGUGUGUGAGUGCUGAGUGUGAUAGUGCUGUGUAUGAUGUGUGUGAGAGUGCGUGAGCUGUGUGCUGAGUGUGAGUGAGUGCUGUAUGUGAGAGUGCUGUGUGUGAGAGUGCUGUGUAUAAAUGUUGUGUGUUGGGGGGUAAAUAUACAAAUAAAAAAACUAAGCAGGCAUUAAACCCCCCUCCCUUCUUACCUUUAGCCUGGGAGGGGGGGGACAUGCACGUGGUGUCUGGGAGGGGAGGCACCGGCACUCGCACACCAUCCCUGGUGGUCCAGUGGUGAGUGAGGGCUAGAGUUCACUCUCGCGAGAUUGGGGCGUUGCCAUGGCAACGCUCCUGAUCUCGCGAGCGGAACCCGGCGAAGCUGCAAGAUAGAGCUCCGCCGGGUCCUCUCCCUCCCUCCCCAGCCGCAGGUCUAUUUAAAUGGGCCGGUGAGGGAGAUCUUUGAUCUCCCCACCGGCCCUCCAUGGAAUACAGCGGGGCAGGCGCUCGGAUAGUGCCGGCCCUGCAUAGACCGGCAGGGGAUGUCCUGUGACCUCCCCUGCUGGCCUCGGCCCAUGGCCAGCGCGGCCCACCGGGCAUUUGCCCGAUUGCCAGUCCGGGCCUGUCUAUAACUAUUCAGGAGAGGCACCUAUAGGCAGGUGUCUAGGCUGCGUAAUGGGGAAUCUGGCCCUGAGGUCCAGAGCUGGGUCAAAUUUGUGUCCUCACACUUGCCUAAAAAUACAGAAAGAGCGUGUGUGGAAGAUCCUGUGAACCCUUCACAGAUCUCAUGCAUGAACAAAUAGAUGUGUUGUGCAUUGAGAAAAAUAAAUAAAUUCCAUUUUCCUUUUAGCAAUCUAUUGCUGUCACUGAUGGGAAAUUGCAAGGCAGGACAGCUGAGAGUCAGUAUUUGUGGCUUGCCAUAUUCACCAUUUUCAAACGGAUACCUUAGGGGAAAUUAAUCUCCACUGUCCACUGAAAUUCACAUAUAACUCUAUAUUUAAAAAUGUUGUUAUUGUCUUGAUUGAAAGAAUAAUUUUGCAGUUACUGGUUUGGUUUUAACUGAAUGUGUGGAUACUUGUAAUAUAGGUUACUAAACUGUGCCUGUUGCAAUCAUAAGUAUAGUUUGCAGCAAUUGAAUUGAAGUCCUGUUUUUUUUUUUGUUUUUUUGCUUUGUAUUAUACAAAGUUACUACAUUUGAUUUGCACUAUAUGGUGUAUUUUAUUUUACAUGCUUUUUCCUCUUGUUGGAGGAUUUUGAACACCAAAGAUAUGUAUCCAUUAAUUAUUUGUCACCGCUACAUUUACUGUAACACUGAGGUUUUAAAUAUACCCUGCAGAUGGGGAAUGAGAAAACACAUUCUUUGAAUGUGUUGUAGAGGCUCUGUUUCAAUGAAAUGACUAAUUGCAGUGUUCCAUUAAGUUGACUAAAAAAGCUCUACGGCAAAAAAAAAAUCACAUUGCGUGCUUUCCUUGUACUCAGUGGCUUUGAAGUAAAUACAUGAUCCCCAUUACUCUGUGUGGGGUUGUUACAAUGUUGUGACCAGGCUAACAGUUGGGUGCAGGAAAUUUCUCAUGACUUCUUUAUUAUCCCAUCCUCCCAUUUUUGUGUAUUUGCUUUGUAGAAGCACAUUUUUAGAUUGUAAUUUGCAUGACUUCCUGUAUUUGGGCAACAUUCAUUUUAUCUUUAUCUUUUUGCUUCUUUGAAGUGUGAAUUGUCGGGAAUAUGUUGCCAUAAUAGCCGAACUGAAAGAACAUGCUUCCAUUUGGGUCUGAAAUUUGAUUUCAAUUCUCCACAACUCACACUUUAGUAGAUAACAAUGUAAUCCUUUAUACUAACAUAUUUGUUUCUGCUUACAUGCUUGGUAGCUGAUGAGGUUGGGGCAGUUCAUUGGCAGCAUCACUGUGUGCCCUUACCAACCGAGUUUGGACAGUAAUGUUUUUUGCUCAAGCACUGAGAGAGAUUUUUUUUGAAAAUUGUACCGGAAUUCUUGAUAGGGUACCCUCAACCUCUACAGAAAAAGUGUCUCCCCGCAUUUAGCUGUGAAUGACUGCUCGCGACUUAGGGAUUCAUAGAAACUUCUGCUCAAAAUAAAAUUGCAUUUCUCAAUAAAAGUACAUUCUGUUUAGGCUUAAUAAUAAUAAUAAUAAUAAUAAUAAUUAUUAUUAUUAUUAUUAUUUUUUAGACUUUUCUAGAAUAAAACUUAAAAAUUUUUUUUUUUACUAUUAUUAUUAUUAUUAUUAUUAUUAUUAUAAUUCGAUUUACUUCUUGCUUGGCUUUUGCAUGAGGCAUUGGUUAUAUCAGAUGUUAAUUAGGGAAAAAUGUAACUAAAUUACUGACCAUGGAAGCAUAAACACUUGGGUCAACACCGCCCCACACAGCAGGUGGGACAGAAAAGUAACCAAUUUUUAAAUUUUUUUUUUAAAAUCUCCCUUUUCAUACUACUCUGUCAUUUUUUUGUUUUUGUGUUUUCCUCCCGUGUCCUCCAAACAGCAGGUGUAUGGGACCUAUUUCGCAGGCCAGGUUCUAAUUUCGUGUUUGCCAGACCACUUCUCUGAAAAGGCACAGUCAGAAAAAGUCAACCUCUACAUUCCUGAUGCCCCAGUGUACAGCUAUUUUACUUUCUAAAUGACACAGCUGGAUGUGGCGUUACACCUCUGCAGCUGUGUUAUUUAACUCUUUAUGUGCAGUGUUUGUCAGUGAAAUUGCUGAAGUGGUCAUGGUGUUCAUGGUGUUUGGAUUAACCUUUUAAAGCCUCAGCCCCGCAUCAUACAUACCACUAAUUUCUCUGUAAAACAUUUCUUCUGUACAGCAAGUCCUCUUGUCGGCUUGUGAUGAAGGAAAUAGACCAGAUUGCAUGGUAUAAACUGUAGCAGCAAGCAUUCUUAUCAUAUAACCGUACAUAGCAGUGUAUGACCAUAUACUUUUAAAAAAAAAUAAUUUUGUAGAAAUGGAAGCAUUUACAUUACUCUCUUUCAACCUUUCCUUUUACCAUCGAUAUAGACGGUGUAAUUCUUGUGCAGGAUGUAAUCCAGAUGUUUGAAUUGUGAUCUAGUUGUAUAUUGGCUGAAUAAAUUAUUUAUAUACAGGCCAGUCUGUUUAUUUAAUGUGUUCUGCCAAUGCUCUUGUGUGUAAGUAAUGUUUGGAGUGAUGCAUUUACUGCAAGUGCCCCUACACGACCAGCGUUCAGCUAACAUUGUCAAACUGAUUACUUAAUUUAGGCAAUGUCAUUUUUAUGCAAUAACCGCUACGAAAAUCUACAAACUAUGGAUUUUUUUGUUUCUGUUACCAGCUCUUGGUUAAUGAUUGCUGUCUUUCUCAUAUUGAAAGAGUAUUGUGUCGCACAGUCCAUUGCAGUGCAUAAAGUAAAAUAGAAUAAUUUGAACUUAAUCCACCUGCAUACUAUAUUACAUUUUAAAUGUAAGAUUGCUUAUACGUGAGCUUUACAUUUCUGUUUCUUGAAAUUUAAAGUAUAUUGAAUUAAAACGGAAGUGAUAAAAAAAAUUAUGAAAUUCUCAUACUGACUUUUGUAAAUUCACUGACUACUUUGUCUGACACUUCUAGACACUGGGCGGCGCUAACACUGUCUAGAAGUGUCAAUCCCCCAGCCGCCACUAGUGACAGCUGCAGAGAUAAAGGAAUUUGUAUGUACAUAGUUUCUCUUUUUGUUUAAACAUUGUUGGGGAUCUGCGCAUCUCACCUUACUGCACUUACGCCAUAUCAUGUUGAAGACCUGCUUGUCUCACCACUCCUUUUCUAUGGAUGGAAAAUGUUCUUAAAGUGAAACUAUAGUGCCAGGAAAAAAAAGCUGUGUCAUGCAUAGUGUGAAGACGUUGAGCGUCUGUUAGGCGACUAAAAGUCGCCUAUUGAUCCGGAAGUCCAUCUAGAGCCACUAGAGGAGGAGUUAACCCAUAAAGGUAAUUACUGCCGUUUAUAUCCUUUCCAAGGUUAAGAGUACUGGGACACUGCACCCAGGUCAUUCAAUCAGCUGAAGUGAUCUGGGUGCCUAUAGUGUCCCUUUAAUGAAAAAGAAAUUUAGCAUGCAUGGCAUUAAUGCAAUGGGCACAUUGAGCUUCAUUCAUGCAGGUAAAUAAAAAAUACCUCAAGGAGGGGAUGCAAUUUAUAGUGCCCAAAAGGGUUUUGAAAGUGGCAUAUGGUAACAGUGGCUGCACAUAUGAAAUCUGUGUUCAUCAGGUUUAAGGUUACAUCAAGGAAUUAGGCAGGCACAUGAUUUAAAAAUGAGUAGAAAUGCAGGCGAUAAGGAAUAUAAGGCCUUGUAAUAUAAACAUGCCGUGCCGUGAGAUCAGUUUAAAAAUUAAUCCUUUUUAAAUGUAGGCUGUGUCAGUCACAGCCAGGGGAGGUGUGGCUAGGACUGCUGAAACAGAAACAAAAGAGUGAAUUGAACAGCGAAACUGCAGGAACAUCUAUACACUAUAAACUACUUCAUUGAGCUAACCUUGUUUUUAUUAUCCAUUUAAUGAGUAAAGCUCCAUUACACCAGCUUUUAUGAAGUCACAUAUUCAAGGCAUACUAUAGGCAUCAUAACCUCUUUAGCUUAAUUUAAGAGAUUUUAGUGUAUAGAUCCUGCUCAUGCAGUCUCACUGUUCAAUUCUCUGCCAUUUAGGAGUUAGAUAACCUUUGUUUCUGUCCUUGCAGGUCUAGCCACACCUCUCUUUUCUGUGACUGGCACAGUCUACACAGUAAAAACAGUUUAAUUUCAACCAGUACAGUACAGUGUGCCUGUUUUUAGAUUUUUAUUUUUUUAAUCUCCUGCUUAGUUAAUUGAACUUUAAUCACACACGGAGCUCCUGUGGGCUCUAGCAGGCUAUUAACCGAGCAGGUUAUAAGAAAUUCUUAAUUACGCAAACUGUGCGACAAAGGAAGUUUAAAUAUUUGUUUUCUGUUUACAGGAAAUGUGUGGGGAGACUGUGUAGGUCACAUAGACAGGAGGUCUGACUAGAGUUGCGUAAAUAAAGUGAUUUAGCUCCUGAAUAGCAGAAAUUUAAGUUGUUUGCCUCAGGGUCAUAAUUAAUACUCCAAAACCACUCCAGUGAAGCUAAAGUUGUUUUGGUGCAUAAAGUGUCCCUUUAAAGUAUGUAUGUGUGUAUAUAUAAAUAUAGCUUUAUCAGUCUGUCUGUAUGUGUAAUGUGUGUAAUCAUGUAAAUUUAUGUAUUUUACUAAUUAUUAUUAAUUCAAACCGCUGUCUUAUUUCUGAAUAUCUAGUGAACAACUGAAAUAAUUAGUAGUUUUUAAAAUGUAUUUAUAGAGGAACACCUAUACAAUAUUCAUGAAUGAUAAACAUGCCUUCUAGGCUGCCCUUGUGUUCUAAAUAUAGUGAAAUGUGAUCUUUGUCUUACAGGGCAGCUUUAGAAGACGUGGAAGGAGAUGUAGCAGAACUUGAACUGAAGCUUGAUAAGGUAAAAACCUUCAGUCUCCAAUGUGUUACCAUGCUAAAUUUACCUUUCUAGGUGUUCCCUUACCAUACACAGUCAGUGCUUGCUUUCUAUGUAUACAUGUGUGAAACGUCAAUCUGCCUCAUAAAUAUAUUCCAUUUGUAAUUCUAGAAAAUGCAGUUAUACUGCAGUAAGUAAAGUAUAACUGUCAGCUGACCUAUAUCAUGAUUAAUGAAAGACAAAAAGAAAACAUUCCUGGGCUAGAUUUAGUGAGUCUUGCUAAAAUACCUGCUGGACUUUUCUCAUUAUGAAAUAGAACUAAUUUUCUUAUUUAAAAAAAAUAAAAUAAAUAAUAAUAAUUUUUAUGGACCUCUUAUUUUGAUAAGAUUUAGUUGAAAUCAGUAGGACUGGGGUCAGCACAGUUCAGUAGUAAAUAGCCUAAAAACCCAACAAAAGCUGCUAUAUCUCCUGCAAGCUAGAACCCAUGGCUAAAGAAGGGAGACAAUUAGAUGGAGAGAACUACAGUAAGAUCAUUAAGAGGGAACUGCAGAGGCUAUAUCCUAUCUCAUAUUUGCACAUUUAGUUUUCAACAUCACACAUUUAAAUUUUGUAUUUUUAUACAGUGAGUAUGAGUGAAAGUGUUUGCUUAUUGGUGUGACUGUGCCUUAGCAUGAGUGAAUGAAUGAUUGAGUGGCUGUGGAAGAGACAAAUUGAAAAAAAAAAAAAAGAGAGAACAGUAUAGAAUCUAGAGAGCACGGGUUCCAGACAGGAUGUUGCGUCAAGGGGGGUGCGAGACCAGAUACAGAGCCCGAUAUGCUGUAUUCAUGUUGGCUACAGAGAGAAGUGUGUUGGAAUAGCCAUACACAGAGAGAUACAGAGCAGGGGGCAGGUCUCGCCGAACACGGGCCCUGCCUAUUUCUGAGGAAGAUGGGCUGAAGACUGUAAAGUUUACAUAUUCUGAGAAUGUAACCAUUGUCAGAACACCACUCGCCAAUAAAGUCUUCCUGUGAGGGACUGACAAAUUCAAAGUCCUAGAUCUGCAUUGUAGAUGCCUAUUUGUAUUUCAUUAGAUUCCAAAACCACACAAUACAUUUAGCUUUUCACAUCUGUGUUCACCCACCGAGGGUUGUUUAUUAGUACAUUUUGAUUUCCGGCACAUGUAAUUUGCCAACAGUUAGUCGUCCAGUAUUUAAAUGGGAUUCCCAUAGGAUUCUUGUGAAUGUUUUGCCUUCCAGAUGUUAAAUAAACCAUAUUUAAAUACACCUGGGAGAUAUAACAAGUUGUAGUCCAUGUUGGGGAAAUCUUUAUGUAGCCUUGUAUUUGAAGAAUCUGGAGCCUGCUGUGUGUCUUGUUUUAAACUACAUUCCAACUAAAAUCUUUGUGCAGGUGUGUUUCGAUGUAGUUAAUUUAUAGAUGCAUCUGUUUAGCUGUAAAUUGUUAUAUAGAAUACCUUUUAACACACAUAAUACACACACAGGCACCUGCGUAAAACAUAGCAAAGUCUUAUGUCAGGGCUUACACAGGGCAACGCAAACCUGCAUGUCUUUGAUAUAACUACUCUCUUUAAAAAAAAAAAAAAAAAAGACAAAACAUCAGGCUCUACUCAAAGUUUCAAAACAAAGAAAAUAAAAAAAAUCUUGAAAAUCAGUGAUUUAUUUUUUAUUUUUUAAACUCUUCAUUAACAUCAUAGUAAGAAUUCUUUAUGGUUAAACAUUAGUACAAAGAAAAUCGUGUGUACAGUGGCAAAACACAGAAGAGGCUCCUUUUAAUAAUCAGUAAACAAAAGUUUAAAUACUGCUCACGAUACCUCUGCUACUUUUUUUUUUUUUUUAAAUAAGGUUUGGACUCUGUCUCCUUGGCUUGCAUAUGCUCUUGGGGUCUCUAGUAAUGGUUACUUUAAUACCCAGCACACAUUUUCCUUCUUUUCUCUAUAUUUUUCCUUUUGCUUUUUUCUGUUUUUCUUUACAAUCUCUGUCUUUCUGGUAUGACUUCUGUGACUCAUGCGGUUCCUUAAUAAUUCUAGGUUUAUAUUAUUUAGCCACAGCCUUCUUUUGGCUGCAUUGUUUUGCUCUCUUUUUGUUUGUCAACAGAUUUAUACAGCAAAUUAGAUAUCAUGCUUUACUAUUUCACAAUUUUGACAGUGAUGUAUUUUGUCUUGCCAAUCUUUCCUUAAGGGCAUAAAGAAAGAAUUACAAAUAAAAAGCCAAUAUGCUACUCUGUGUAGCUAGCUUUUGCUCCACACACCUUAGCUCCCUAAAUAAUAUAAUGUGAAAAGGAUGUAGCACUAAAUCAAAGAAUCCUUUUCAAGAAGUACAAAUUCCCAAUAAAGUGCAUGAUAUUCAGUGUGCUAUGUAAAGUAUAUUUAAUCCACAAUUACACUUUAUAGAGUAUAUACACUCUUUCACAUUUAUUAUGCACCUAUUGAAUAUUUUGUAAUAUUUGUUGUACUGUGCAGUGGGUAGACACUAUAUAAUUUCCAGUUUUAACCAAGAUCUACCCAUUUGCAAGAGAAAUAUGACUUGAAUAGGAGACCCCUUAUCAUUCACAGACCUAGAGUACUGUUUUUAAAUCGAAUGAGCUGUAGGCAGUCACUGCCAGUGUUAUCUGAAACUUGUGCACAUUCUUCCUUUUCCCUUUCAGCUGGUGAAACUUUGCAUUGGAAUGAUUGAUGCUGGAAAAGCUUUCUGUGCUGCCAACAAGCAAUUUAUGAAUGGAAUUCGGGACCUAGCCCAAUAUUCCAGCAAGGACAGUGUGAUUGAAGUAAGUUGCUUUGCUGUUACAAUCAAACCUGUGCAAUGCUCGCUGGGAAAUUGAUAUCUGUACAUUUAAAAAAGAUAAACAUAUUUUAUGCUGACAGAGCUCUUUUAAUGUCUGACUCUGGUCUCCAUUUUAUAGAGAAAGCAUGCACUGUUGCCUAAAAUGGUCUUCUUGGUGAUAGUUUUUAAUUUUGUAUUGUUUAAUAUAUACAUAUGAUUUUUUUUAAUUUGUUUGCAGAGCAGUUUAACAAAGUUUUCUGACAGUCUGCAGGAGAUGAUUGCUUACCAUACAGUAAGUGCUUGCUUCAUUUGUCCGAUGGUAAUUGGAUAGAGUUCUUUGACAGAUAAGGGCGUUUGGGACAUGGUCAUUUUGAGUUGUAGGACAUUUGAGAUUAACAUUCUCAGACUUCUCUGCUUUGUAAACAUGAAAAAAAGAAAUCAAGUGAAUUGCUUACAUCAAUGAACACAUCAACUUAUUUAGACUACGAGCAGAAUUCCAUAACCUUUUAUGCAAUAGUUGUGUAUUGUUUUAAAGCAAAAGCCAACUUUUAUUUUAACCUUUUUAUUUGAUACAAAAUGUAAAAGUUCAUUAUAAGCGCCCUAAGAACUUUGCAUGAUUGCAUAGAGUAGUGGUGUAUAGAGCACCCAAUGCCUACAUUCAGUUUUGAGUGGUUUUGAAAUGCAACAAUUUCCAUUUUGGGUUACUUGUGUUAAUUCUGUUCAAUUUGUGCAUCUUAGACUGAGCUCUCUCUCCUAGGAGAGAGAACCGAACUGCGGACUUUAGUUCUUCCAUGAAUUGUACUUAUACCUGUAUGCUAAACAGUGAAUCAGGCUAUAUGUAAAAUGAUAACGGCGCUGGUAUCUGUUUUUAAAGCAGUUCUAUUUAUGCUCAGUAGAAUUACUCCUAAGGAAUAAACUGCUUUUCCCAUAAAUUAUUACUGGGCAUGGGUUUAUUGGAUAGUCAAUAAUGAGAUUCUCCUGAAUCCUCUCUAACUGUUGUGGAGUGGGUCUUACCUGUAAAUGUAGGUAGACCCACUAAACGGUGAUCACAGCUGAUCAUGCUGAAACCAGGUGCAGACUCAAUCAUCAUAUUCUUCAGCCAGGUACAAGAGCCAGCUUAAAAAGUUAGGAGGCAGUUUUUUUUUUUUUUAAAACUAGCAAAGUUUAAUUUAUGAGAAAUAUGCAAUUCUUAAAGGGACACUAUAGUCACCAGAACCAUUACAGAUUAAUGUAUUUGUUCUGGUGCUUAUAUAGAAAAGGCAGUGUUUACAUUGCUGCCUAGUAAGACCUCUAGUGACAAUCACUCAGACGGCCACUAGAGAGUCCUGUGUCAGUGUUGCACAGUGUGCACCAUCUAUGUUCAGUGCCUCCAUGCUGUGCAUAAAAACACCUCUCAUGUGAUUGAAGGGGGGCAGGUACCUAAAUAGACACACGAACACAAACUGAGAGAGGCACACACAGACACACUGAGAGAGGCACACACAGACUGUAGUGAUACCGGUGCCGGAAUGACGUCAUAUUCCGGCUCCCGGCAUCACUAUACAGUGGGAGGGAGCCGAGAGAAGCCGCUGUUUUCCAAGUCGAGCGCUUUAGCUAAAAGGCAGACACAUGAAAACUAAACUUAGAUGUGCUCAGAUUUCAAAAUAUUGGGCUCGACAAAUCCCAGGUCGACAUGGCGACUAGAAAUUUUGCCCUGGCGCCUGGGAUUUGUUGAGCCCAAUAUUUUGAACUCUGAGGACAUCCAAGUUUAGUUUGCAUAUGUGUUUCAUUUUAAAACCUUAUUUUGGGUUUCUAUAUUUUAAAAUGUAUUUCAGGAUCAAAUUGAUGACAUGCUAUUUAAUUAUUAUUUUAUUUUUUUUGUAUAUAAAGGCUUUGUCAUUUAGAGUAUUAAAUGUUCUAAACAAGGGAGAACCUGGUGAAAGCUCUAUGCCAUUGCACAUUGAACUGUUUCAGUUCCUGGUUAAAUGUUACAGCAUUUCUCCUGAUAAUGUGCCAGGAAAAGGAUAUCCUCCUAGUGAAACAUAGAGAAAUCCAUUCCCUAGCACAACUAGGGUUCCUCUAUUUGUUUAUGUUAAUUGCCAAGUACCUUCUAAGUUACAUUUUGCCAUGUUUUGAAAGUUCUAGGAAAACUAGGAUACAUUUUUUUUUUAUGGCAUGGUUUUUCCCCACCUGCCAUUUACCAUACUGUUAAGAAAGUGAAAUAUUUCAAAAGUAUGAUUUUUCUUUGGAAGAAAGAUCUUGUUCAUUUUAAUUUUGCAACAUGCAUAAAGGGAAUAUACCAUUACCUAAAUUAUGUACAUAGAAAACUUGCGAGAACUAAUCACCCCUACGAUGUGUCUGUCUUUUCCUGAAUCUCUUCUUACCUAAUUUUUUUUAUUUUCCAUUUCCCUAGACCUGAUCUGUUGUCUAUAUAUCUGUCGGUCUAUAUUAUUUUGGUCUCUAUGAUUCUCUCAGUAUUUGCUCCAUUGCUUUGAACUCUGUGGGUGGAUAUGUAUGAGUAGUAUGUUUUGAACAGUGCUCUUAAGUACUAAAAGUGGAGCAGUCAACAUGGGAACCAGUGGAACUAGCGUGCAUGUUGCACCAGUGACUUUGUCCCAUCUCCAUGUUUGCACUAUCUCUUAGAUCAUACACUUUUAAUACAGCCUCUAUAACGCUCAGCUUCUAUGCGUCUUCCUGUCCUCAUCUCUCCCUUUCCCCUUUUUCCUUUUUCUCAGCCUUUCACUCUCCUGUCUUCUUCAUUCAGCCUGUCUUUUCCUUUGUUUCCUUCUUGCCCAAUUCCUCUUGCAUUGAUUCUCAUGCCCCAUAUAUGUGUGUCUGUAAACCCGUGUUGUUUUACAUCCCAUUGAGUACUUUCCCCUUUAUAUAUGCCUAUUUGUUCUAUUUCCCCCAAAACACUGCAUUUUCAGCCUCCUUGACUGAGAUAAUCAGAAUUGACAAUCUCAGUCAAGCCAAUGCUUUUAUUAUGGGAAAGCAUUGGAUUGGCCGAGAUUGUCAGUUUUCAUGAUCUCAGCCAUGGAGGUGGAUCGGGGGCGGAACCAGCGUCAACUGACCCACGUUGUGCUGGAAUAGAGGUAUAUUUUCUACCUUUAUAUGGGGGAUCCUGGGGGGCUAACAUAGUUUUUAAACACUCUAUAGUCAGGAAAAUAAGCAUAUAUUCCUAAUCCUGUAGUGUUCCUUUAAAGUAAGAGUUGUUAGACAUUCAAAGUGAAUUUCCAGUUUAAGGGCAAAGUAGAUAAAAUGGAAACACAGCCAAGCUGGAAACAUUCUCCAAGUCACCUAUUUUGGACUUAAAUUGGAAAUUCUCUUAGAAUUCCCAUAGGUUUUCACUUUAGUUAGCAACCCUGUUAGUUUGAUGGAUGGGAUGUGUUCCUGUGAACCUCCUCAAGUUCAGGCUGUCACAAUCAUCUUCUAUAGUUUGAGCCAAACAGGAACUGGUUCUGUUAUGUAGAAAAUCUUUGGAGAUGCUAAUUGUAAACCCUGUUGCAUGCAUUUUUUUUCUGAGAAUCUGAUAGCAAUAAACAUAUAGUUUCUGUGUCAACAGUAUUUUGAAAACCCGUUCAUCAGAUCUUUUGAAAAAAUGUUUUCUUUUAUUUAUUUAUUCUUUUUUUUUUUCACUAACUGCCAUUAAGUUGUUUCAGUUUUUCUGCUUACUGUUUGAACUUGUUCUUUAUUCAUUUAAUCUAAAUAGAUACUAUUUGACCAAGCCCAGCGGUCCAUCAAAACUCAACUUCAGACAUUCGUUAAAGAGUAAGUUAUAGUUGAAAAUUAGUGCUUUGAUGUGUUUUCUAAACCAAUUUGUUUGCUAUCUAAAUACGAAUGGGAAUACCAGGCAAAACUGUGUAUCUAGCCAAAUUUAGGCGAGAAGUCCGAUAUCGGUUAGAUUCCUUGCAGUGCUCCAUGUGUAGUCUAUUUGGUAAGGAAUGUUGGGUAUGAAUUGCAUUGUAAAAAAAAAAUAUAUAUAAAAUUUUUUUUUUAUAAAUAUAUAUAUAUUGUUGUUUAGCUGGUCUUCUCUUUAGCUGGAAGGACUUCAGUUUAGCCAUAUACAUGUCUGAUACUGAUAAAAUUAGCACAGUUAGGUUGGGUAAAUAGUAACAUUUAUUUAUCAGAUAAUGACCAGGAUGCUGUGCUGUUUCCAUUUAUCCUUUCCUUCAUACCACAUCAGUUCACCAAUCCUCCCACUUAUAUCCUAGUUUUGAUUACAUUGUUUCCAUACUGUGUUAGAGUUCUCUUCCACAUUCCAUUGCUUCCUCUUUUGGUUCCUUGUUCACCACAGCUCCUCUGUGACAUGCAGUGCUAAGCUUUCAUUUUAUCUUAGAUGUGAAGGCUUUGCAUUGUUAAAUAUGUGCCUCAAUGAGCAGUGUAAUAUUAGGGUGACAUUUUCAGUUUGGACUUGUUUUCGUUGUCAUGUUUCUCCUGUUGCUAUGGCAUUUAACCCGAUAAUUCUGUUUUAAGUUUCCUCAGUAACAUUUUGAUCUCUUUCCUGUUCACUCCACAUUUGUUUCCUUUUUUUCCUCAAGUUAGGUUUCCAUUAUAUAGCCCACAUUGCAUUGUCACUGUGAAUUUAAUUAAAGAGGCACUCCAGACCCCUAAAGCAGUUUAGUUUGUUGAAAAGCUUUAUGUGUGAAUAGUGUAUCCUAUUUUUUUCAUUUUGCAAAAAGUGCAGAAUUCAAUAGAAAUGGACACUUCUAUGAAUUAACCUGGUUACACCCCUUUGGCUUUGAAGAAGACAGCAGGUUCGGUUACUUCCUUGUUUGGUUAACUUAAUUGCACUGAACUCAAGAGUCAGCAAUUGCUUAGAACACCUGCAUUGCAAAAACGUCUCGUUGAACUGCAUUAGAAAGUGAUUAGACAGCCACAGAAAAUCUGGGCGGUGUUUGAAGGGGAGGGCUAAAAAAAAAAGAGACAUACAUGGUUAAAAUUUUAUAUAUAACCCCAAUAAAAAAAAUUCAAAACUAAAAGCAUGCAUGCUGUUGCUUGGGUUAUAUCUAUCUACCAGUGAAUUUUAUUUAAUUUUUUUUUUUUUUUUAAAUAUAUAUUUAUUUAUUAUUUUAUUUGGGCAGUGGAGUGUCUCUUUAAUCCUAAUAUGCAAUGACACAUUUGCUUUGCAAUUUUUCCUCUGCUGCACCAACUGAGUAGAUAACCCCUCAUGUACUGUGUAUUCUAGCCAUUGGUGGAACCUGUAAGGUCAAACUAAGAAUGUGCAAGUAUUUAUACACAAUUUGAACACCCAGAAUAGCUUUAAAAAAAAAAAUUAAAAAAAAUAAAUUAAUAAUAAUAAUUCUGUGUGUAAACCAAUUACCUGACCCUCAGGUCUGUAAACCUCCUGCUGACCGUUAAUGUCCUCUGUGAUAUGAAGGCAGAAAGAUCACUAUGGGAGUAGUAUAGUGUACAUCUACAGGUUCGCUGGACUCGUUAGGCAUCAAGCAGCAUCCCAGUUUUGCUGUCUGUUGGCGGUCAGAAAACACUUGGUGUCAACAACAUAUCUUGUAAUAAUCAUUCAAAACACAACUAGCUGUAAAAAGUAUAUAUUGGUUUAUACUUGUUAAACUGAACAAAACUCUGGUCUUACGCCUCUCUUCCUCUGUGUAUCUGUAUGAACUGUAUACAAAUGAGAGGGGAUACACUAUAUUCAUGCCUCUUCUUUUAGAAUGUGGUUUGUAUUGAGAUUCUUUUUCUGGUGGAAUAGAGCCUUAGUAAGAACAUCAUGUUCCCAUGCCAUCUGCUAGGAGGUUUAAGCUUAGUUGAAAAGGAAGAUUGUAACAAAUUGCUUCCAUUUUGUACAGAAUUGUAGCAGAACUCACAAACAGGACAUUCAAGAAUAUAUUCAAGGUCAAUAUAUCGGCACAGAAAAAAAAAAAAUAUCGGUCUUUUUCGGUUGUCCACAAAUGUAAGACGCCAACAGUUAAAUCUAGUUUUAGACUACACCAUCUUACAAUAGGGGAAAAUUAUAUUUUUCAUGUAGCAAAAGAAAUUUACAUUUUCGGAUUUCUUUAUUUUAUUCCUUUUGACAGAAACCAUGUCAGCUGAUGCCCUCAGCAACUGAAUUCCAUUCAAGUAGAGACAACUUUGCUAAAUAAUGCAGAAGUAGAACUUCCUCUUUAGAUAUAUCAGAAGAUAUACAUUAUACAAAAGAGCACCUUUUAUAAUACCUUUUAUAGUUAGUGUUCGUAACAGAGUAGAUAUAGCUGCAACAAUCUUUCCAUUGUCCUUCCGCUUUAUUAAAAUGGAUGAGGUGGGACAUGAAGCUCCUUGCUGGUUAUACCUAAGUAUUAUUUAUUUUAUGCACACAUUUUAAAUCUUUCAGAAUGAGUCAUGGGAUACUGUGUAAUUAAUAAGACUUUAUGUGUAUACAUUAUAUCUGCAACAAUGAGCAAGAUAGUAUUUUUUUUUUUUUAUGUAUAUUUACCUGAUAUUUAUUUUUGUUUCUGAACCCCGUUUUGUAAAUACUUUGCAUGCAAACUGCACUCAAAUUCUUAUACCCUCCAAGUUCGGAAGUUUUUUUUAAUUUUUUUUAAUUGUCUUUAAUGCAACUAACCAAUUAUGCUUGUGUUUUCAGAGAUCUUCGAAAAUUUAAAGAUGCUAAAAAGCAGUUUGAUAAAGUUAGUGAAGAAAAAGAAAACGCACUGGCGAAAAAUGCUCAGAUUCCAAGAACCAAGCAGCACGAGGUGGAAGAAGCAACGAACAUCUUAACUGCCACGCGAAAAUGCUUCCGGCACAUUGCUUUAGAUUACGUUCUACAGGUAAUGGACAUGAAUUUAUACCUGUAUUCAUGGCUUCUUCUGAAGAUAAAAAUGUGUUGUGAUGUUUAAGGGCUAUGGUCACUUCCUUUUUUAUAUUGGGGUUCAUAUCCUUUAUAAUAAUAAUAAAUAUGUGUUUUGUGAGCACUAAAAAUAAAAUCUAGAAACCCGCACUAUUAUUUUCUGGAACUGGGCACCUCUAUCUAGGCUCACUGUCAAACAUUGUAAUAAUUUGCCCUUUUUUGUUAUUGAAUAUUAUGUGUAGUAAUGAAGAAACAAAAUAAAUCUGGACUACAAAUAAAGUUUCAUUUUGAGGCAAUGUUCUAAAAUUGGAAUAGUCACCAUGGAAAUAAAAAGAAUGUUCAUACUGAUCAUUCCACUUUUAGCUCUUUGCCCCAGAAUUGCUGUUUAUAUAACUCCCAGAGUUUCUAUUCCUCCUCUUCCUAUUAGUUUUGUGCCCUAGCAUUGCCAGGCUUUAACUUGCAAAUUGUUAAAUUUUUAAUACACAGAGAAAACAGAACACCAAAUGGAAACCAAUGGUUAAUUCAAAUAAUAGGUAAUUUUCAGGGUUUUAUUAGAUUGGAGAUUUUUCCAGAAAAAGUAUUGUUUCCCUUUAAAAAUAGCAAUAAGGUCCUCUUUAGAUGGCUAUAUGUUUCGUCUAUAUGUUGUUUGGUUUGUCUCCAAACACCUUGCCUUCCUAACUGGUUUUGCAUAAAUGUAUGAAAGGUGAAGGCUGCAUAAAAGUGUUUUGCACCUUGUUCAGAGAUACUCUAUUGAAGCUUUAAGAAUAGUACCUGUAGUAUUCAAAAUGAGAGGUAUGAUGAGACCGCUAUAAACCACCAAUGAGUCAUCGUGAUGACUGUCUGUUGUAAGUUUUUAAAGGCAACCAUCACAAACUGCUAAUAAGUCCUGAUGGCAUAAAUUGCUUUACUUUUGUUAGUUAAAGGAACAUUAAAGCAUUAGGAACACAAGCUUAUAUUCCUAAUGCUAUAGUUCCGCUGUUUUUAGUUAUAUCCUUACCUUCACAAAAAUAUAAUUGAGCAUUGGGAACCUGGUGCACCUGCUUUCCUAUGAGCUGCAACAUCAUGUGAUCACAUUUUACUCUGUCAGUGCAGAAGAAUUGUCUCUAGGGACUGUUUGUAAGCAUUGUCAAGGUUAAAAUGACAGGACCACUGGACUCAGACCACUUCUAGUGUUUCCUUAUCCUGAAUUAUAUACUAUAUAUCUAUAACUAUCAGUAUGUAAGUUAUACUGGAUCCAUUCUUUGUUAAAUUGUGUUCUGUUUGCAGAUCAAUGUGCUUCAAUCAAAAAGAAGAUCUGAAAUUUUAAAAUCUGUAAGUAUACUCGUUGUAUCACUCUGUAAAUUAUAAAGGGACACUAUAGUCACCAGAACAACUACAGCUAAUAUGGGGACUUAAUAAUGUAGCUCUUUCAGACGCACAUGUGUAUAAAGUUCCUCUCCACACGCACACACUACAUAGACACCGGGCCUUGAACUCUUUUAGCAGCUGCGGACAGCUCUCCAGAGCCCCCCAGUAGCGACACUAGCCAAUGCACCAUGCCCUUGACAUAAGGCCAGACAGCACAUAACCUGAGCGGUUAAUAAUGUCCUCCUGUGAGGCCGACUAGCUAAAGAUACCCGUAACAUGACUCAGAGAAUACUAGAAACACGUCUGAUAUGCUCCUGGACCAUGUAACACAUACAUGUCUGUUUGAAGGUUACUCGCUGUUACUUAGUGUUCUUACUGUCUUUUACCUCUUGUUUGUACUACUACAAAAAAAAAUUAAUAAACACGAGAUUGUUUAAAAAAAAAAAAUAGAAAAAAGCUAAUGAGUUCUUUAAAAAUAUUUUUAUAUUUUGUUGCAUCACAAAGUCAUCCUUUUUGCAGAUAGUGAUCUACAAACAUCCAAAUGCCUGUUCGUUAAAAAAGUAGCCCAUGUGUGCACAAUAUUAUGCUCACAAUGUUAUUUUCGUUGCUGUCGAGUGUAAUCAGAAAAUAAAAUACCUGGAUGUGAGCCGAAAGUGCCUUCAGGGGCUUAUAAAGCACAGUAACAGUUUCUAAGUUGCUGAGGAGUACAGAAAUUAUACUAAAAGGUGUAAAGCCAUAAUGUACACUAUAAUAGUUGUAUUGAAUAUACUCUAAAGUACACACUGCACUGUAUUCUAUAUUUGUGAUAAUUCCUGUACUCCUCAGCACCGUGGGGAAUUGUUACUGUGCUCUAAGUCUCUGAAUAUAUACUCUGCACUCUUGUUAAUGCAAGCGGAGUAUUGAUUUCUGCUCAGUAUUCCUAUUUGUGGGGGAUGAUUACACUGUUCACUUCUGUUUCUGGGUAUUUGAAGAACAUUUCUGUAGCUGCCACAGAGCUGGAAGGAGCCUGAAAUGAAGAUUUGUAUGUUCUGUUUCCAUGCUUUUUUUUGUAGCUUACUGUUAUGGGGAUAAGGUGCUUCACGAAUACAUUGUUAUUUGAUGGCUUUAGUCUGUGGUUGUAGUGUAUGCCAUUACAAGAGGACUGGACCUGUACCGGUUUGAAUUUCAGAGCUGUGAGCUGCAGUGUGUUGCAGAUUCCCCUGGAAUGCAAACUUUUGGUAUAUUUAUAUAAAACUUGUCUAUUAUUAGUAUGUGUUAAAGUUGUUAAUCUUGGGGCAGUGUCGACCAGUGCUAUUUUGUGUGUUAUCUUGCAUAUGAGAAACUGUAAACUCAAAUCUCAAGUAGUUGUUUUUGUUUUUUUUGUAGAAAUGGCUAAGGAGUCUUGUUUAUUACAUAUCUUUUUUUUUUUUUUUUCUACUAUCACAGAUGCUGUCUUUUAUGUAUGCCCAUCUAGCCUUUUUCCAUCAGGGUUAUGACCUUUUCAGUGAACUUGAGCCAUAUAUGAAGGAGCUUGGUGCACAGGUAAGUAUCCAUUUUUCCCUCAUCUUUCUGGGGAAUGUCAUGAAGUGUUCUUGGUUUUAUAAAGAAUCAGAAAGUAUCCUAAGAAACCAAUGAGAGAGUAGUUAAUAUUAGAGGACCACAACCCACAGCACACACACACCCAACAACCCUGUACCUUGUACGAACCACAAACCCCAAGUUACACAACUACCCCAAGUUAUACUUCACCCAAAACCCCCCUCUGAUACACACGACGACUGGGUGAUCAAGCACAGACCACAAAAGUCCACAACUAUACUCACAACACAGAACCCUGUAGGAUUGACUCAACAGAAAUAAUCUACAAGUACACCUACAUCAGGGCAACCAGAAGGGCAAAUGGUCACGCCCCCUCCACGACAUGUGCACUCUAACAAAUAUUAACCUUUCCGAAAUGUUAUCUCUAUGUGUAUCACAUGUAUAACAUCGCUACAAUGAAAAUGUAUGAUUGUAUGUUUUGAUACCUCCCUUCCUUUAUGUAACCCCUACCCUUGUUUCAUAAAAAAUGAAAUAAAGAAUUAAAAAAAUAAAUAAAUAUUAGAGGACCUAGAAAUUGCUAUUUAACCUACCUCUAAUAUGGUGUCUCCAACUCGAUUCAUUUUAAAAUUAAAUCUAAAAGGUAUUCAUUAAUGAACUAAUUGUUCAGUCAAUUUGAUAUACCUGUAAUCCAGCAUAACUGUCCUACCUAGCUUACUGCUACGGUCCACCCUUCACUACAUGCUGGGUUAACAUAGUAUGCAGUCUGUUCAGGAGCUACCAAGCCCACCCAUAUGCAUCAACUUACAUGUCCUGCAUUCCUGACAAUACUCCAUUUCUGUCUUGGUGCCAUAUUCAUUGUGAUGCAACUGGUAUGUCAGGGUAGUUGAACCUCCUCCAUAAUCUCACUUUUACAGAUUGUUGCCUACCAACCUAUUUAAAAUUAUGCCACUCUCCACACUUUUAAGAACAAUAAUCAGCAGUCUCUUUUGUAGAAGUGUGUUUAAACAUUUAAAUCAAUAUGUUCCUCCAAUAUAAGAUAACAUUCCAUAGCAUCUCCCUACCCACCAUUUUUGUGCAAAACUGUUUAACACCAGUUGAUAUCUGUCCCCGGAAACCUCUUCUACUGAUUAUUCUUCUGUUCGGACAUUUUUUUUUUGUCCCUUGUGUCCACAUUCCAGAUUUGUUUCCUCACAAAUCCCUUACACAUGGAUAUAAAUAACAUAACCCAGAUUUUCUCUAACAAGUGGGAAAAACUGACAUCACUGAAUUUUAUACAAGAGAAGUAAAAAUCAAUCUUUUAUUUAUGAUCAACGACAAGUAAAUAAACGAUCAUAGAAAACAUCAGAAGUAGGAUCAUGAACAGAGGUUUAUGUUUAAUAUGUAACAUAUUUAACAAGGAAAUUUGGGUUGAAGAUGUAGGAUGACAAAGAACUGGAAGUGAAAAGGAGAUAUCUUUGGAAAGAGCUGGGAAACCUUUGUAUACAUUGAAAAUAAAUAGGAAAUCAUGUUCCUGUGCAAUCUAUAUAUUUAGAACAUACUGACAUGGUAAAGUCUCAUUUGUGUAGUUUUACUACCAUUUGCUCUUUAUACACACAAUAUAUUCAUAUUAAAUUAUAUACCCUUUAUUGGUUUUAUAGACCUUAUAAGUAGAAAUCUUUAUGAGCAAAUUUCUUUUUCAUCACGUUAUAUCAAAGCCUGUACAAUCUGCACACAAGGAACUAUGUAUUGUUGUUUUUUUUUUGUACAAAUACAUUAUCAAAGUGGGAAUAUAUAAUGUUUAGUAUUAUCUUCUGCCUUGCAGUACUCUGUAAUAUGUGUUUUGUCUGUACACUGUGGUUUUACUCAAGUCCCCCUGAUGGCUUGUGGAACUGGUUUUUAGCCUUGAGGACCAAAGCUGAACCUGCUAUAGCAUUUGUCCAUUCUCCCUGUCCACGAGGGCUCUGUGAAGCACCCUCCAGGAGUUAUUCUGACAGGUUUCCCCCCCCCCUCCCCCCUUCCACAACCUUCACUCGAGGUCACUUGAAGGAGUGUUAAAUUAAUAUUUUGCAUUUCUCCUCAAACAUCAGUCAAGAUUUGAGGAAUGAGUUAAUAUAUUUUUUUUUGAGGGGGACAUCUGUUUAUAUAGGGAAACACAAGGUGUGCUUAAAACCGAUAAAAACUGAUUUCAUUAAAUUAUACCUACUGCUGGUGCCAGGGUGUCUCAACAGCACAAAUUUUAAGUGGCAAGCUGUACUGAUUAAAUUAAAACAACCCAAACAACCUAAAACACCGAUUUUGAAAGAUAACUUACAAAGUGCACUAAGCGUCCUGUUAUUCCAAAGCUCACAGUAGUGCCCUCUUUAAUUACAGAUAGGAUUAUUUGGGGUCAUUGCCAUAACAAGAUGGAGAGAUUAUCACCAAAACACUGUGGUAAAUUAGUUUUAAUAAUAUGACUGUCAACGAAUUGAAAUUCAUCAGAAUGUUCACCUUUCCUUCAGUAGUCCUUAUGGUGACAUUUCCCAUCUUGUGCAGAUCUGUCCUGAUAUCGAUUGAUCCUCCAGCAGCUACUAUACAAGGUCACUCAUUGUCAGAGAAAACAUCAUUGGAUUUCUUAUAAAAUCAUGGUCUGAGCAUACAACUUCCACAGAGCUCCCUGGUUCAAAGCUAAAGGGUACCAUUUCUGGGGGAUUCCAUCAUAGCCUCAGAGGAUUCCUGGGGGCUUUGAAUAAAUUCUGUCUUCUGAUGAGACCCAACAUACCUUUCAGUUAGGAAUGCUUGUCUCACACAGAAGAAAAUGUAAUGGUCUGUAUAUAAUUGUGGUUUUUGAAUAGGGUGAGAAAAGAGCAGAACUGGUCAGUCAAUUAAGUACAAAGCAUUUAAAGAAGAUAUCUCAAACUGUGCAGUCCCAAUUUUCAGUCAAAGAAUUCUGAGAGUCGAUGGCCGCUAACGUCUUGGGAUGGGGCAGAGUUCGAGGUCUCUGAUUUAAAGUAAGCAGGGAGAGCGUUUUGGACUUGACACAAUUGCAGGGAAGUGAUGAGAGCCUGGAUGGCUGUAAGGAGCAGAGAUACUUGGUAUCUUGCAGUUUGCUGAUGUAUACUGUGCUUUUGUGUCAGUAGAUUUAUCUGAGAGACUCAACUCACUUAGCCAAAGCAGUAUGGACUUACUAAUAAAAUAAGUAGCAUUUUCCAAUGCUUUAAUUUUAAAUUUUCUUUCUUUUUUCCCCUUUUUUACAGUUGGAUUCUCUAGUUAUUGAUGCAGCAAAGGAGAAGAGAGAUAUGGAGUUGAAGCAUUCUACAAUUCAGCAAAAGGUACCAAUGAGAAGCUUUUAUUUACAAAUGUUCCAUUUACUUCUGUGCUGCCUGCUGCUUUAUAGCUGUAACUAUUAGCUCAAGGAUGAGCAUUUGCAUGUAAGGCUCAUUGUCUAAUAUGCUUGGGUUGGAUUUCCAAUCAAGGUCACAGUGCAGAUAAGUAAACCGUUUUCUGAAUUAUUCAUUUAGUACUACAGCCUUAUCCAAGUAAUGAAUAUAAAAACAGAUACAAUGUGAGUGAAGGAAACCGCAUGCCAUUUGAGGUUUUCUAAACAAAAAAAUGUAUGUAUGUUAUUUCUGUAUGUGUGCCAAUGUAAAAGGAAGUGUGCUGAGGCUAUGGUACUAGCAGUACUCUGGGGCCAUUAGGCAGUAACUAGUCAGACAGUUUUGAAUAAUUUUGACACUUAUCUGGAUCCACUGACCAUCUCCAGGCUAGGUUUUUUUCUGCUGUAUCGAAAACAGAAGUUCCAUUUCCACAACAGAUAUAUAAAUUGCAUAUUUUAAAAAUAAAUAAAAAUCAGCUGAUUUUCGCAGCCAAUAUAUAUUUUUUUUUUUGUCCAAAAACGGGUGGAAUUGUCAUCACUAGUAUAGAAAUAAAAAUGUCUGCAUUAUUAUUAUUAUUAUUAUUAUUAUUACAAAUGGAAGCCAGACAGGUGCUGCUCCAAGGAACCUAGGUAAGAGUCAGACGAAUUUAAAACACUGUGAUUACUAUGAGGCAGUGCAUUGAACUUCUGGCACGAUAACCACUACAGCAAGAUGUAGUUGGUAUUGUGCUUAGACUGCCCUUUUAAAUAAUCACUCGAAGCACAUUCAUAACUUUUCACAAUUGCAAAGAAGAUAAUGCAUAGUGCUGCGUGAGCCUGCAAUGAAAGUGCCUUACAAAUACAACAAUCUUUGUUUGUUUGUUUAGGAGAUAUCUCUUAAACCUCCAAUUUUAUAAUGUAUUACUUGAUGCUUUAUUGAACACUCCAAACACCAUAAACCACUCCCCCCAAUGUGAGUAGUCUAACUGUUUGCUAACAGUUUGACUUCUUACCUGGGUUGUGUUGGUUUCUGGUCACUUCCUGCUGUGAGAGUCUUCAACUCCUGAAAUGUUCAUAUUCAUGGAGCACAUCUGUCUAAAUUUCUGCAUUAACUUGCUUCUGGAAAAUGGCUAGACAUUAGAUUAUAUUGGCUGAUUAUAGUGUGUGUUCCUUUAUAUUCAUUUCAAUAUGAAUGGGAAUAUUUAAUUUCCUUGCAAACAGUGACCAACCAGUUGUGAUGGUAGAAAGAAAACUCUCUGCAGUGACAGGUACUAUUUAAUUGGGAUACUGAUACUGUUGUAUAUGCACUUAAAAAGUAGUUGUUUUUUGUUUUGUUUUGUUUUUUAAUGUUAUCACAAUCACUGCUUUUAACUAAUGGCUACUUAUGUUUUCACUUAAAUCACUUUAAUUUUUACAUAAGGUUGGUGUGUACUGUGCUUGAGUACGUGGUGUUUACUUCAUCACUUUGGGGGUAUUUUUUUUUUUAUUUUCUCCAUUCUCAAUAAUGUUAUUGUCUGUAUAGCUUUCUUCCCUAACCCCAUCCUCCGUUCGGGACGUUAAUGUGAAUGUUAGUAGUUUCUUAUUUAAAAAGCAUUGUAACACCCGGCAGGAGGAGAGAAAGGCUAGAGUACAGCUAGGAUUAGCAGACCGCCUAGGGGGACUGGUGUAAAUUAGCAUACGCCUAUCGAAAGAUUGAGGACAUUAAUGCGUACAGUAACUAUAUCACCACUGUCUUUAACAACCUUGAAACUACUGUCCUUAGAUAAGAGUCUCAUCGCGGCAAUCCGCCAACAAAGCCUACUCCUCAAACAUACUGCCAUUGUAUAUAAUUGCACCUGUUUGAAAACAUAAAAGAAAAAUCCUGAUGACAAUGCAAACAAAUUUGCUUUCUGUAACCCAUAAACUGACAUUAUACUGUCACAACCUUGCAUAAGUCUGUAUUAUCAUGUCAUUGCUUGUCUGUCAGAGCAAAAAUAAGGAAUUAAAAAAAAAAAAAAAAAAACAAGCAUUGUAACAGACUCCUAAUUAAAAUGGGUUAUAACUAUAGCAAUUCAGUCUUUAACCCCUUAAGGACCAAACUUCUGGAAUAAAAGGGAAUCAUGACAUGUCACACAUGUCAUGUGUCCUUAAGGGGUUAAAGGGACACUAUUGUCAAUAAAACAACUUUAGCUUACUGAAGAUGUUUUGAUGUAUAGAUCAUGCCCUUGUAGUCUCACCGCUCAAUUAUCUGCCAUUUAGGAGUUAAAUCACUUUGUUUAUGCAGCCUAGUCACUCCUUCCUGCAUGUGACUUGCACAGUCUUCCUAAACAAUUCAUGUAAAGAGUCAUCUAAAGUUUACACUUUCUUUAUUGCACAGUCUGUUUAAACUAGAAUUUCUUAUCUCUCGCCAACUAGACCCUACAAGAGCCUCCUGUGUGGGCUUAAAGUUCAAUUUACAGAGCAGGAGAUAAAUGUCUAAAGAAAGAUAACAUCUGAUUGAAAAUGAACCCAUUUUAUGGUAAUGGAGGUGUGGCUAGGGCUGCAUAAACAUAAACAAAAGUGAUUUAACACCUAAAUGGCAUAAAAUUGAGCUGUGAGACUGCAGGGGCAUGAUCAAUGCACUAAAACAGUCGGUGAGGUAGCUCAUUUGGUAAAUUCCCAAACUACAAAGCCUGUUCAAAAAUGCAAGGUCACAGGUUCGAAGCCCGGCAGGGUCAACUCAGCCCUUCAUCCUUCCAAGGUUGAUAAAAUAAGUACCAUCAAUUGAUGGGGUAAUAAUAAUGUCUAUUACUAUUCAGCUGCCGGUUUGGUUAAUUCCGAUAAUGUUUCCUGAAAAGCGCUUUGAGUCCCACUGGGAAAAAGGUGUAAAUACUAGUUAUUGUUGUUAUUAUUAUUAUUAUAAAACUGCUUCAGUAAGCUAAAGUUACUUUCAUGCCUAUAGUGUCUCUUUAAAUUUUGAUUAAAAUACAUGCAGUAGUUCCAGUCCUCCUUGUAUGUAUUCAUCAUUGGUUACAAUUUUUUUACUAGCGCACUCAAGCCAAGCAUGCAAGAUUAAGUGGUAAAGCAGAUAUCAUUAUUACCUAUCAUGGUUGUUGCAUCACACCUACAAGUCUAUGUUGAACCCGUUUUUUCCCUUUCUCUCUCUCUUCCUCUCCUCUUUUAGGAUUUUUCUAGUGAUGAAUCUAAACUUGAGUGUAAUGUUGACGCAGCCAACGGUAUUGUCAUGGAGGGAUAUCUCUUUAAAAGAGCUAGCAAUGCCUUCAAAACAUGGAACAGGUAAUAGCAUGUUUUCCUCUGAUGUCAUACGCCUGACAAUACGUGUGUAGUUUGCUUUCAUAUCAUUUAAGCUGUUAUUUAUGGGUUAACAGUUAAUAAAGGUUUACUUACCGAAAUAUUUCAAGAACAAACAAAAAAAGAUUGUAAAUGAUAAUAAUGCUUCUUUAUUAGCUAUAUUGUCAGAAUACACAAGCUAAGCAAAAUGAUCCAUGCAGAAAACUAUGGGAUUUGGUCUAUUUUCAUUUUAGCUUUGUUUUUAUUUUUCAUUUAUUUAAUGCUUUAGCUGCAGCCUUAAUUUCUGAUUUCAAACAAUGCUGCUUCCCUUAUUUUGGCUCAUUUUCAUUCCUUUUCCUCCUCCUUUCCAGUAUUUUUUAAUCCUGCCCCAUUUUUUCACAUGACAGGAAAAAGCCAGAGCAUACCAGGUAUCAACCAGCUUAUUUGUACCUUCCAAUUACUCCUUCCAGCACGCCUUCCUUUCUGUGUCAUUCCAAGUUCUGUUUAGAUUACCUGCAAUGGAAAUAUCUCUGCUUCCUAAAGAACGAUUACAGCAGGGGUGAUAAAGGUUUCUUGCAAUACAAUACCUUGGAUACAAUUGCUCAAUCUGUACGUUAUGUCUAUAUCAUGCUGAGAAUCUGUACAGUUACAAAGUAAACAAACCAUUAAGUUUGUUUGGUUUUUCAAUAUGACCAUAACAUUGCCAUACAAAACUGCAUCUAUAAACAAACUUUGUGAUAAAUUAAUUUUAAAAAAAAGAGGGGCUGGGGGGGGAAACUUUUGCAAACUGCUAAUUUUUGUAAUGAUUGGAAAGUUUUUGCAUGCCAUACUAAACUGGCCUUUUACAUUGAUACUAAUGUAAUCGACCCACUCUAAAUGUAUAUUCAUACUUCUACAAAUCAGACUUUCUAUAAAAAAAAAUUUAAAAAAAUUUAGCACUAAGGCAAAGUAUAAAGCAGAAUCCUCUAAAUAAAUCUUAAAAACAUGUUCUGUGCGAAUACAAGCCAAUAUAGUAAUUGUUUCUGUGAGAUUUUCUCCAUUGCAUGUUCUCUCUCCUCCUCCUGGUUCAUUCUGCUUUGUUUGCUUUCUGCAGAAAUUUUAUUUAUAUUUCUAUAUUUGCUGUUGCUGAAGUAUAGAAAACCCACCUUUCCCUAUCUCCUCUUCUUCUAACCGCUUGCAUUUUUAUUUUACUUAUAUUGCAUUGAUUUUAUUUUUAAAUAACUAAUUUUAUUGUAUUGUGUUUUUGUGAAGUGUCCUAUUGACGGUGUUUACUGCCUAUUUUAUUGGUCAUAUCUUUUUAAAUGGUACUUUUCUUGCAGGAGCUAUUUGACAGCAUCCAGUAGUAUGGGGUCUAUGAAGUCAGUCUGUUUGGUUGAUCUAAGCUUUAGCAGGCUCUAUGCUGUGUUUCUUUUCAAGAAUAGUAAUAUUCUGUUUUAUAUAAUACAUACAGAUUUACACAUGUCAGAAAACAUUACAUCUGUAACCAUAUAGGUUUAAAAAAAUAAAAAUAAAUAAAUCAUACAACAGUGCAGAAAAUAGAGUAAAAAGCUUUGCUUGCUAGGUGUAUUUAUCAAAAAUUUUGGUUAACCCACCUCACCUAUCAAAACGCAUCAGGUAAUCGGUGAUAGAAUCAACUCUAGCUAUCUGAAGGAAGAAAUUAGAUAUCUUAAAGGGAGCCUAUAUUCACCAGAACAACUACAGCUUAAAUGAACACUACAGGGUUAGGAACACAAAAUGUAUUCCUGACCCUAGAGUGGUAAGACCUGGCCCCCUGUCCCCCUUUUAAUAUAUGCCUCUUAACUGUCUUCUUGUCUGACAUCAUCAGAAGUGGUGAUCUCAGCCAAUCACAAUGCUUUCCCAUAGGAAAGCAUUGGAUUGUCUGAGCUUGUCGAGGAGGCAGAUCAGGGGCACGGCCAGCACAAGCCAAACACAGUCCUGGCCAAUUAGCAUCUCCGCAUAGAGAUGCAUUGCAUCAAUGCGGAGAUGCUGUUUGUCGCAGCAUGGUGUUUUGCUUUUCAUGCGCAAAAGCCUCCCAAUGCUUUCCUAUGGGAAAGCUUCGGAUUGGCUAUGAUCAUCAUAUUUGAUGAUCUCCGCCAUGGUGGUGGGACCAUCGCUGGAAAAAGGUGAGUAAAAUCACCUUUCUAAAUAGUCAUAUUACUAUUAUAGUAUCAAGAAUACAUGUUUGUGUUCCUGACAGUAUAGUGUUCCCCUAAUUUUAAAAUGGGUAAAAUUUGUAUCAGUCUUUACGUUGGUUGAUUACCAAGUCAGUUAAAAAACGGUAUCUUAUCUAUUUAUCUAUCUGGCUUUGGCUUCCUCUCCUUUUCAGAUUGAGUUACUAGUUCCCCUUUCACACUGCUUCAUUCUGAUUCCGUUCAUAUACCUAAAUAUUUCCAAUGAUUUCAAACCUGUAAAUUAACUGUAAUUAAACUAUCUACUCAAAUCUCAAAAGCCUUUUUAUUUUAUUUUAGAAAUGUAAAAAUAAAUUUAGAGUUUUCUGUUUGCAGUGUCAGAAUAGUUAUAUGCAAAGCAGUUUACACCCCAGGAAAAAAUGUAUAGGUAGCUAACAUAUAUUUGUUGUGGACAAGUUACCAUAGUAUUUGCUUAUGAAUUAUGGGAGCUGACCUUCCAUCAUUCACUAAAUUGUGAUUUCUAAGGAAUUAAAAUUUUCAGUUUUAGUCCCGGAGCCAAACGGAAAAUAUUCUCAAAAUCAACUAGUUUCUGAGUUUGGCUAUUUUGGCUUAAAAUUAAAAAAAUCACUUUGAAUUCUCCACAAAUUACCAUUUACAGGGGAGGCUUGUCUGCUUUAUAAAAGUUUAUAUGUGCCAUUGUCGCCACCUACAGAAACACAAAUCAAUGAAGUACUGUUCAUUUGGUUCAUUGUUAUGUUUUACUGGGGAAAGUGGAUAUUGAAUUAUAUGUGCAAAUGUAUCCGAACACUGUGUUUUACAUUUAAUCAAUCAGACUUUAAAAUAACUCUUUGGUAUUUAGAACACAUUUGACGAAGAACCUUCCCUUUUACAGUUAUCUCUUAUUUGAUUUAAAAAGGGUUAGCAAGCGUUAACGUCUGUUGAUGUUUCAUAAAUCUUUUGGAAUCCAUUUAGCAAGGAAUUCAGAUUAGAUUACCAUGGACUAUUCCACAAUAUACAUGUUUUUCUUAAGCGUGAUUGCAUGUGUUCUUCAGAUGUAGAGUAAGUGCAGAAACCAGUGAAUCUGAUAAAUUGCAGAUAUUGUGCAGCACUCAUUUUAAUAAAUAAAUAGGCUGAAUGUCCCUGUCAAAUGACCUUCAAUAGGCUGAAGGUCAUUUGAUGUUUUGAGAAUGUCUAAUGUAUUGAUAUAUAUAUAUAUAUAUAAAAUCUCUCUAUACUUUAUUUUUUGUAUUUCAUAUUCAUGACAGUUCUCCAUGUGUUGGGUGAUUUUAUUUAUAUAGAUAUCGAAGUUAGUUCAUAGCUUUCACAAACUGCUCCGGUUUCCAGGGAUGUGGUAGGUGUCCUUUCAUGUUUACUAAGAAACUGUGUCCAAAUUACUAAUAUUUUAAAUAGUGUUCCACUCUGUGUCCUGUGGCCAUAGUAACGUAAUAACGGUUUUCCAAAACCAUUAACAUUAGUUAUUUGCGUUCCGGGCUUAUUCCAGAUAUUUGCUUUAUGGUAGAUUGAGGGACAGCUUUUAUACUCUGUUAAAUUCGUUAUUAAUAUAGCCAGACCAGAAGUAAAUAUGUUACAUAAAAGAGCAUUCAGUUUCUCAGUAUGUGAUGAAACAGUCUGUAUGAUUUGUCAGAUUAUUAAACUGUGCUUUUUUUUUUGGUGUGUGAUAUUUAUAAAGUAGCUGUUUGCAUUUGCAAAAAUAACACAUUCUGCUGUAUAACCAAAAACUGGUUUAUUGUUUUGUUUUUUCAUGGCUAGUUACAUUUUGUAUCAAACGCAAACCUGCUGUUCUGGAACAGCCUGGAAUUCAUUGCAAAUAAGUUACCCCCGUAGUUUCUACACCUUUAACACUCCCCCAAUAAAUGCAUCAAUAGGGUUUUCUGAAGUAUGGUAAUAUUUAUGUAUCAUAAGACCACUGCUCCUCUUGAAUGGCACAUUUGCCCUCCGCAUUAUUUUGUCUUUUGUGUUUGGCACCCGUUUCAUAGUGUUCGUCUAGUCUCCUCUUUGCAUUUAAAAUUUUUAGUAAAUUUUUGUUUUUUCGGUUUUAUUCUGAACCUGGAGCAAAACACAGGACAAGAGAGAACUUAGAUAUACAUUUCUAUUUUUUUAUGCCUUUGUGUUAUUUACUAUUACUUUUUUUUUUUUUAACUGCUGAAAAACAUGCUCAUGCUGCAUUUAAAAAAAAACAAAAAAAACCCCACCUUUUCUUUGUGCUUUAUUAAAGCAGCCCUGUCACCAAUAAUUUAUUUCUAAUUCAUUCUUAAAAAUAGAAUUGUUAUGAAAUACUGAUGUGGACUGUGUUGGAAUUUAUUUGAAAUGCUUAUGCAGGCAAAAGAUCUAAAAAGCCAAAGUAGGGACUAAUUAAUCCUAUGGUAAAUGCCUAAAUCAUCUAACUUGACAAAAGGCAGAGCUUCCGCAAUUCCGUUUUGCCAAUUCCAAUAGCUGUCUGUAGUGACCGCUGUGUGAAUCAGGCCUAGUCUUGCAGUCAUGAAAGGGGAGAAGUGAAUGGACCGUUUCACUGUUGAUAUAAAGUUACCAUUCCAGAGGAUAAGGAUUGCUAUACCAGUUUUAAAUUACCUUUAUUUUAGACAUGUAUUAUUUAACUAUAUUUACCAUUCCAGAGGAUAAGGAUUGCUAUACCAGUUUUUAAUUACCUUUAUUUUAGACAUGUAUUAUUUAACUAUAUUUACAGCACUGCUAGAUCCUUCAAGAUCCUUGCAAAUACUCGCAAGUAAGAUAUUUAAUAUAUUAAGGUAAACAUUGCUGACACAAAUAGAUAGGUAAAAAUGGUCAAACAACCCCUUCCGUGGAUGUUAUACUGACAGCCACUGGAGGCAUUUCUGCUGUAAAGACGGAGUAAAACUUGGUCACGUGGCAUGGCGGCCCCUAAAGGAAAGCAUUGAUGCAGUGUUUUCCUAAAGGGAAGUUUGGAUUUGCAUUAGAUUGAACCAUCGCAGAGGCCAUGCCUACAGGAUGAUGUUGCAGGAGGUGGAGAGGUAAGUAGCACGAGGGUACCUCAAUACUGGAAAAAGGUAGGCAAUAAACCUGUAUUUUAUUAUUUUAAUAGCACAAAAGGGGUUAGAGGAACCUCUUUAACUAGAGACAUGGACAGUAAAGUGUUAGGAAUGCAGGUUUGCUUUAAAAAGAAGCACAGUGUCACACAGCAUCUUGUGAAAUAAGUUAUAGGUGAUUUUCAAAGUUUUAUUUAAUGGUGUAAAUUACUCCAGAGAAAUGCCAGUUCCCAGUUAAUAUAGUUUGGUCAGGGCCCGUGUACUUCUCAUUAGUGCUGACUUAAAUUUUUUUUUGUCAUUUACUCAAACAGUUUGUUUUGUUUAUUCAUUGUAAAACACUGCAGAAUAUGUUGGUGCUUUGUAAACAAAGAAAUAUUUUUAUUUAAUUUUAUUUAAAGGGGAUGCUGAUCUGAUUUAUUGAUUGUACAGAUACUAAUUCUUAUUAAGCUCAGGAUCCAUUCUCACUAACUUAAAAUUGAUCAUUUUCUGCGCCAACCUAUAGAAAAGCAGCAUUGCAAGUUACAUGAGUGCCUCCAGUUAAAGGGACACUCCAGUGCCAGGAAAACAAAUCAUUUCCUGGCAUUGCAGGUCCCCUCUCCCCCCCCCACCACCCAUCCCAUGUUGCUGAAGGGGUGAAAACCCCUUCAGUGACUUACCUGAGACCCCGCCGAUGUCCCUCGGUGGGGGUUUCAGGUCCGCCCACGCUCCUCCCCGCCGACGUCAUCCGGCGGGAGAGACCGAUCACGCAUGCGCGGCCGCCGGUGGGGGAGACCUAAUGCGCAUGCGCGCCAAUGCCGCACGCACUAGACCUCUCCAUAGGAAAGCAUUGAAAAUACUUUCAAUGCUUUCCUAUGGGGAAUUGAGCAACGCUGGAGGUUCUCACUGCUCUAGUACAAACUCUAGCACAAACCUGUGCUAGAAACCAGGAAGUGCUCUCUAGUGACUGCCUAGUAGACAGCCACUAGAGGAGGAGUUAACCCUACAAGGUUUAUGAAAACUGCAAUAAUUACAGCUGCAGGGUUAAGGGUAGUGGGAGUUGGCACCCAGACCACUCCAAUAGCAGAAGUGGUCUGGGUGUCUGGAGUGUCCCUUUAACAGAUAAAUCUAAUAUUUAAAGAACUGGAACAGACACUGCAGGUAACAAAGCAGCCAAUUAUUACCUGCAUUGAGCUUUUAUCCUGUCAUUUAUCUUCAAAGCACUUUCAAGAAUUCAAUCUCUAUCCAUUAUAUAGCCGCAUACUGUCUCUCCCUCAUGUGUAGCAGAUUAUUACAAAGACUUAAAGGGAUUGGAAAUUUGUAAGAUAAUUGCAAAUGAAAUCAUUUUCUCCAUUCCUCCUCACUGGGAAUGUCCUCAAAUUGCUUAGAAAAACACUUGACGUGUGCUCAGCAUUGUAUGCACUCUUGAAGUGUAUUGACAGGUGAAAUGUUCUUGCAUCUUAGCAGACUGGCUUGAAUAUGUUCAGCACUGAUUGGCAUUAAAAGGGCCCUUCUAGUUAGCAAAGAGUUGCUUUACUUAAAAUUUUGUAAAAUAAAGUGAUAAUUAUGCAGUUCCGUAUAGAAUUAUGCAACGCAACAUUUACAUCUAAUCCUGUUACAACCUGCAAAAAAAGAUUAAGACACCCCAACAUAAUUCCUGAUUUUGUUAAUUUUAUUAUGUAAAAACUUUAAAUAAACAAAAAAAAAACCCUUGAAAGAACUACUCAAAAAGGGUUCUUUUUUUGUACUGACCUAUUGGGCACUAAUAACUCUUUUAAUUUUUAUUUUUUUAUUCGAAAAGCUGUAAAUAAAGGCAGAACCUACCUUGAAUCGAGCACCAGGCGAUGUUCUCCUAAAUCACGUGUGCCUGUAGUCCUCAUAUACAAGUUCCUUGCUCCAUGACCACUUCUAAAAGCAGAAGUGGUCAUGGACGUUGGAGUAACUUUUUAAUCUACUGAGCCUUUUAAAGCAGCUUUGUCAAUAAAAAUAAACAUUAACUUAUCUGCUUAUCUAGAGCUCUCUUUAAAUUUUUAUAAAAUACAUAAAGUAGGGAAUACUCUACAUAAGCAGUGAGGUGCAGUGUAACGUGACAGAUGGGUGACACCUGCCUAUUAAAGUCGGGCACAAUCCUUCUCUAGAUAACAGGACCGAAAUCUUUCUGCUUUAAAGUAGUGGUGCUAGAUAAUUGCUGGGAUCCCAGUUCUGUCAAUUCUUCUGCUGCUAGGCCUCUGGUAUUACGGCUCCACAAUAGGUAACCUUCAGUAGUGGUUCUUCUGGGUUGGCAGUACGCUAGCAGGACUACAAAUGGCAUACCAUAAGUUGCAUGGGCACAUUUAAUGUAAUUCCGAAAAAGAGCUAAUGCAUUUUGCGUUCUGCUCUCAUGAUAGGCUACUCGCCAUACAUAGGAAAAAUAUUAACUGAAUGGAGGAAAAACUAGGAUUAACAUCUCCAAAGGCAUUCUGAAGCUUCAACUGAUCAAAAAUAAAUAAUGUAAAAAUAAAAGCCAGUAGUAUGGUGGUUCCUCUAAAUUGUGAAAGAACGGAGAUGUAAUCAAGGAUAAAAAAAAAGUUAUGAAAUCUUGGUCUGUAAAUAGUAAAAUAUAGAUGCUGAACCAAACCUCCAUAAGCUGAUCCAUUUAUCUCAACUUAACUUAAAAAUGCACAUGGUAUUUGGUAAGUGCCACAUGUACACCAUUUAGAAUAAGGUUGCGAAAGCAAGAUAACAUGUAAGAAGAAGUUGGGAUACCAUGAUCAAACUCUCAUUCAGACACAUAAUAGCUCUUAAAGGGUUCUUGUCAUUGUUUGCUACUAACGUCUGCAGCACUACAUGGACUAACACAUGCAAGGCAUGGGUGGUGGUUAAUGAUGGAUUUGGUGGUUGGUGUUUUGUGUGGAUUGGGUAAACUACUCCUAUUUAAUUUAAUUUUAAUGCUUAUUUACAUUUUAAUUAGAAUAUAGUGUAACUGCUGAAUAUGUUGACUUUUAUUUUGAGUUAAUGUAUACAGUGACUGUCACUUUUCAUUCCUACAUUUAAUGGUAAACCUGACAUCUUCCGGCAAACAUUUUUUUUUUUUUAAAAAAAGCCUCUUCUUCAGUAACAUUAUAUUGAUGAAGUCCAUUUUCAGCAAAAUGCCCUUUUAAAAACCUACAUUUCCACGUAUUUUCCCAUUGUGUUCACCUUAUCCAUUUUAUAGAAGAAAUGCAUGACCAAAAAUAUUUUUUAAAUUUUUUUAAUGUUUUUUUUGUAAGUGCUGGAUUCUUAUACAAGAAAUAAAAUUAACUCUGCUAACUGAGUAACAGUCCUGUCGUUGGUAUCUAUAGGUGAAUAGCUAUUAAUUUGCCAGACUUUUUUAGGUUUAUAUAUAUAUAUAUAUUUUUGUUGUAAGCCCCAAAAAGCAGACCGCAUAAUUAGAUGCAAGGUAACCAUUACUGAUAAUGAUGUUUUUUCUUAACAUCGCUUUACCUACUCUUUUGCCUUAUUGACUGUUAACACUGUAAAAUUGCUAUGACCUCUGCUUUUCUCGCUGUUCUGUGGUUAAAGUAUAUAAGGUAAAGAAAUUGAUGCAUUUGUGUUUUAAAUCCAUGCAGGCGGUGGUUCUCCAUCCAGAAUAAUCAAUUAGUAUAUCAGAAGAAAUUUAAGGUAAGAUGUAUUGACCUUCUCUUUGCUCUGUAUAGAUUGAUCUCUAAGGAAUCAUGUGCUUUUCUAAUAACAAAUCCUGUGUAUUGGGCAUAGAUGUCAGAUAUUUAGGACAAGUUGAAAAAAAAAAGCCCCUUUUUAAAAUUUAACAAUUCGGCUAGCAUUGGUAGGUAUAUGUCUUGUUUGUCUUUAGUUUGGUAGCUCUGGGGUGUUAUACCUUAUAUUGGUACAAUUUUUAUAUCAUAUUAAAAUUCUAAUAUAAUUUUUUUUAUUUUUCCUUCUCUAUUCUGUCACGUGGCAGGGAAAUGAUGAUGUGUAGUUUUAAUUCACUAGCCCAAUAUCUUUGUUAAUUGGCAUAGCACUGCAAGAUAUAAUCAUUCUUUCCAAUUAGCUGAACUUAGACUGUGAGAUUUAAGUGUCAACACAUCAUUUGGUUUCCCUAAAUAGCCUGUCCAAAUGGCAGUAUCCCUUCUAGAACUAUUCACAAGGUGGAAGAGGAGACUGCAUGUCAUUGUUAUGUAAUUUAAAUUAUACAUUACUUCAUGGCAUUCAUCAGAGUCCCACAUGCAGGAUAUAUAUAUAUGAUCAAUUAUUGUUAUACUGUAACCCCCUCUUGUCAUGUGUCUUUAUAGGAUAACCUCACAGUUGUGGUUGAAGACUUGCGUCUUUGUACAGUCAAGCACUGUGAAGAUAUCGAAAGACGUUUCUGCUUUGAAGUGGUUUCGCCAACAAAGUAAGUAGCUUAUGAGGUUGAUCACCCAGCUAUUGUUAAGCAAUAUGCUUUCAGCUGUCUGAAACUUGGCUUAGACACUUGUGGUAAUAUGCAUGUACUGGUACUCUGUUAUGGCUUGCAGACUUACCAUUGGACUGCCUGUCUUGGGAUUCUGGUGCUCCCAUUGGAGGAGUGUUAGCAAACAACAGUGGAUGGGGUUUGAACACAUUUAGAUUUGUAAUGAUGCUUAAUGAAGAAUUGUUUUACUGCUAUGUGAAUUCUCAUAGUCUCUAUUUUUAUUGUAAUGCAUUUGCUUAGGCUCUCCCCAAGUUAAAAGGGUAAUCCAGAAGAGGACAUUGUCUUCACUGUCUAUAAAGGGGUAUCAGUUACACCUCGCUGAUGAGGCUCAAAGAAUGCUUAAACAAUCAUCCAUAAACGACCUGUUCUGGAUUGUCCUUUUGGGUGGGAUAAGUCUUGCAUGCAAAUGAUAUAGGUUCUUUUUGUAAUGGCACAAGUGAGCAAAAACGUUUUUGAAACCUGAGCGGGGACUAACCGAAGGGAAAGCUACUGAGUUUCUCAGAACCUUUUGUCCAUUCUCAAGAGUUCUCAUAUUCUCUAUUUUUGUUGCAAGGAUCAUUGGAAGAUUAUCACACCUCCAGUGUCAUUUCUGCUGCAAUAACAGCCAGACUCUGAUAUUCAUUAAAAUGCUUCUUAUAGAGAGCAUUUGAUUGGCAAUGAGUGUCAGUUUGCUGUGUAUGUGCAUUAGCCUCCCAAUGCUUCCCUAGGGAGAAGCAUUGAGUUGGCUGAGAUCAUAAAGAUUGAUGUUCUCAGCCAGAGAAGCAUACCAGCAGGACAGACGUCCAUGUUGCAGAGGAUAAAGGGUGAGUAAAACUGUUUUUCUUUUUUCUUUUUUUUUUUUCUUUAUUGCACAUAGCUCAAAACGGUUAGCAGGACACUAGCAUUAGGAAUACAGUUUGUUUCAGAUCUGGGGGGAUCAUCUGAUUGUUUUCUAUCUGUGGUGUAGCAAUAAGCCCAAGAUGCACACCAGCUGAACAUCAUGGGCUUUGUAGUUCUAAGUCAACAUCAUCCUUCUAUAUUUGCAGUUUUUUUUGCACUUCUGUAUUAUUUGUUAUAUAGGAGCUGUAUACUACAAGCUGACUCUGAGAAAAUUCGCCAAGCUUGGAUUAAAGCUGUUCAAACAAGUAUUGCUACAGCCUACAGAGAAAAAGGAGAGGAAGCUGAGGUUCGUACCAAAAAAAACAUGCAACUAAAUGUAUGGCCAGGAAAGUUUGGGACAUUGAAUAGAGUGUAGAAAGAGUGUUGCACUGUUAUUGUUAUCACUGCUUACAUGCCAUGAUGAUGGUGCUGCUGUUGAUUAUGUUGUCUAGAUACUGUUAAAAUGUUUUAUUUUUAAAGCUUUGUAACAUUGCAUUUUUGGGGGGUUAUCUUUUGUCAUGUAGAAAGUAGACAAGAAGCCAUCGUUGUCCACGGGCUCAGUCGGUAGUCCAGAAUCUGUGUCGAAAGAGAAGUUAAUAAAGGGUGAAAGUGCUUUGCAACGUGUUCAAUGCAUUCCUGGAAAUUCAAACUGCUGCGAUUGUGGCCAUCCAGACCCCCGCUGGGCCAGUAUUAACUUGGGAAUCACCUUAUGUAUUGAGUGUUCUGGAAUUCACAGGUAAGUAGUUUCCAUCUAACUACUGAGGGAGAUAAUGUGUGGUGUCUCUCCUUCUAACACAUGUUGCUUUUUGGUUCCAUUCACCCAAUGUUUUCAGUGGCUGAACUGAUAAGGAAGACUUUUUCAGUUGGGGAAGCGUGGAUAAGUAGGGUAGACUUAUGUUUCAGCAUUGUGCAAAACCUUUUUUGUGCCAAAAUUAGAAAAUAAAUAAAAACAGCAUAUUAAUGAGGCCAAAGCAUGUCAAAUUCAUUAAAAUUGCGUUAGUGUCCCUUUUAAAAGGAAGUGGAGUAUCUCAGAAAUUGUCAUCAUGAGUUAUACGUGAUUUUCAGAGUUAUAGGCAAUGGUGCAAAUUUUAAAUCUUUUAGUGUAAAACCCCUGUUAUUGAACAACCACUGGCAUGAGCUGACCUUGUAUUUUCACAGGGUAGUUGCUAAACAUGUUGGCUCAGUGGCUGUACAUGUAAGCAGCUUAUUUUGAGAGCUAAUGCCACUUAAUAAGACAGGUGUUCAUUUUGUUAGUAAUGUUUCUUAAUGUGCAAUCAGCGUUUGUUCUGUUUGGUGUCACAAUUAUACAUUAUGCUUUUAAAAUCAUUUUUCUUUCCAUGUCACAGGAGUCUUGGAGUUCAUUUCUCCAAAGUGAGGUCUCUAACGCUGGAUACUUGGGAACCUGAGCUCCUCAAGGUACAUAACCAUAUCACAUGAAUUCUCAUUCAUUUCAUCUAUUUGGAAUUCUUCCAACACACACUGCCAAUUGAAUAUUUUAAACAUUUUUAAAUAUAAUGCAUGACCUCUACAAUCACAAAUAUGAAGAAAAAUGUAAGGUUACUUUGCUGGCAAAAUUUACUCUGGUGUACCUGCAGGCUAGAAUGCAGGCAUAAUAAUAACAUGCUAUAGCAGGGGUAGGAAACUUUCAGAACUCCAUAUGUUGUGGACUACAUUUUCCCUAAUGCUUUGCCAGAAUUAAGGCUGUAAGAGCACUCUGGGAGAUGUAGUCCACAUCUGGAGUUCCAAAGGUUGCCUACCCCUGACCUACAGAGUUUUUUUUUUUUAAUUUGCUAACUUAAAGGACAACUGCCAUCUCAAACUGUUUAAUAUAAUACUCAGUUCAUCAAGUUUUGAAAGGAAAUUAUUUAUUUUUUAUGAAGUAUAUGUAAAAAUAUGAGAAACUUGUACAUACAUACACCUUAUCUAUGGUCUUGUCCUGCUUUACUACGUACACAGAAGCGGGGAAGACUGUAGAGACCAACUAUCAAUUUUUCUCCUGUAUAAUAAAGGUAGGGAUAAGUUUUGAUGAUUAUUAUAUUAAACUAAUUAUUUUGAGGUUACAGUUGUCCUGUGAGUGGAUUGAAAAUAUUGGUUGUCAAUGGUCUAUUAUGAGUUUUACCCUUCAGUUUUGAGUUUGUCGCAAAUCACAGUUUAAUGAAUGAACAUUUUGAUGCUCCUGAGACAGACAUUUAUAUAAUACAUCUGACAGUGGUUAUUGCAGAGUUUGUGACCACUGAGCAUAGAAAGACACGCAGAGAAGAAACUGAUUAACUUAAAAUGACAUUUCUCCUUCCUUUUUCAAUGAAAACAGGUGAUGUGUGCGCUUGGAAAUGACGUGAUAAAUGGCAUUUAUGAAGCACGAUUGGACAAAAUGGGUUUGAAGAAGCCACAAAAUGGAUGCCAAAGGUAACUCAACUUGUAUCACUUUUCAGUUCAGGUGAAAUCAUUUUAGAUUUAAUUUGCUUAUCUAAAAUUACAGAAUGUGUGCGUGUUUAAUAUAACCUUCCAAUCUACAUUUGAACUCUGUGCAAACAAUGGGAUAGGAGUGGCCUUCCUCUUUUAUCCUGUUGUUUGCAGAGAGCUGUAACGUAGUGUAGGUUAUAUUGUACACUAUUGCUUUUUGUCUAUAUUAUUGCUAGUCUUAUCUUUUUUUUAAACUUAAUUGAAGUUGUGCAUAAAGGUUUGAUAUACACAUAAAAUGUGAGAGUGUAUUCUUUAAAAUAUGGCUAAUGUCAAUGUAUUUGUAUGUGGAAGACAGGAGAUAGAAGCGUACAUCAAAGCCAAAUACGUGGAAAAGAAGUUUGUGGAUAAAUACGCAGAGUCUAAACUUGCAGUGAGGAAGCCAAGCUUAUCCAGGAAGAGCAGUGAAAAUCGUUUAAGUGUCUCCGAUAAAGGCGCCCGGCUAGAAGAACAGAGUGUGAUAUCUUCCAGAAGUUCAGGUGAUUACUAAUUCAGUAUUUCUGUUUCUAGAUUUACAAAGUGAAGUUGGCUCAGAUCCAGAAAACUACAUAAACAUGCUGAUGUCAUUUGAAAUCCCUUAUUCAGUAACGAGUUAUAAGGCUGUGAGUGAUUGUUUCAUGCCAGCUUGUAUUAUAAAUAAAACACAGUGGACAUAUUACAUUUACACAAUGCUUACACUGUUAAAAUAGAAAGAGCCCCAAUCUAUUUUUAAUUCAGCUUUAAUUGUGGUUCAAUAAAACUAGUACUAAUUUAUUAAACUUGAAAUUGUAACUUGUACAUCCCUAUGGCAGAGAUCAGAUUCAGCACCAACAGGAAAUGCAUAUCAAAUAACAAUAUUCCCUUUACUGCACAAUGGAAUCUUGGGAUAUAGCCAAUCUAGUUUUCUGAUUAGCUCAUGACAUUGCAUGCAACUAUUCUUAAAAAUAUAUAUAUAGAUUUACUUAUUUUCAGGGAAUUGAUUCCCUAAAUAAACUGAUUUGCAGAAUGAAUAGCAAUAUUUUGAAUGUGAUUUGUUGCAUUUCUCUCCACGGUUUGUGGGUUAAUGUAAUUUAAAUUGGACAUUACUUGACUGUUCCUGUGGGUCUGUUUGCAAUUGGCGAUAUUUCUGUCUUAAGGAACACUCCAGCAAUCUAAAGUAUUUUAGGUUUUCGAAGUGCUUUAUGAUUGAAUAGUGUGUCUUUUUUUAUGUUUUUUUAUGUUGUUUUUUUUUUUUUUUUCACUUUACAGAAAGCCUAGAUUUCAAUAGAAAUUGUCACUUUUACAAAUUAAACUUGUCACCCCAGACAAUCUGCCUUGCAAUUACUUGCAAUCAUUUGAGAUGUAUUGUGAGGGUCUAUGAUUGGACAGCCACAGAAAGUCUGAGCUGGGUUAGAGAGUCACGGGGAGGUGGGGCUUGCAAAAGCUUCAGGCAAGAGAGCUUUUGCAAGCUGUUUUUAGUUAUUCCCACAAUGGCGGGAAAAUGCAGCAAUAAAUUGAUUAUUUUUUUUAGGCAGUGGAUUGUCCCUUUUAAACUGUCAACUUUUUUAGUAAGGGAUGCUAAAUACCCUUUGUAAUAGAUAUUCAUUCAGAAGAGACCAGCUUCUUCAAGGAUAGCAAUAUUAUCACCCAGUUUGUACUCUGUGGAUAAAGAAUUUUAAAAACCGAGCUCUAACAGUAUCGAGGACUCCCAAUUGGAAAAGAGGAGCAUUCUCCACUUCCAUUUUGUUCUUUACUAAAAUGCUAAUUGCUUAAAGUGUAGAUAUUGUUUUAUGUUCAAAUUAAUGAAUGACACUGUAUAUAUUCUAGGUUUUCGACUACCCAACAUAGCCUUUGUGCCACCAAUUCUUUGUGAUGUAUUUGUAGCUAUGGCAGAUGGGUGGAGUGUUUUUUAUUUUUAUUUAUUUUUGCUGAGUGUCAAAACAGCUGACCGUCAUGAUUUCUCUUCCACCAGAGAGCUGUCUGGUUUAUCUUGACCCUCUUUCCUCUCUUCCUGCCUGCUUUAUGCUUUGCUAACUUGCAUGACUGCAGCGGUUGCUCUUAGCAGCGACGAGGCAAGGCGGGAGUCUCUGUUCUGCCCUGAUGAGCUAGACUCACUCUUCUCCUACUUUGAUACCUCUUCCAAACUGCGUAGUAGUAAGUAACAACUCUUGCGCACGUUUUGCUUUUUCCAGGUGCUGCUGCCUGUUUUUCACAGCCUGUGAGACCCCUGUCAUAUAUUGAGUUGCUUUUAGUAUUUGGUCAUCGGUUUACAAUAUAUUAAUUUAGCGCACAUUUCAUGCUUUGUUCCGUGUUGUCUUGUGACGCCUGUCUAAGUGACUAUAGUUUUUUUGACUGCAAAACUACUAUCUGCAGAUUCCUUUUCUGUUGCUAUUAGAUGUUGAAUUUAUUUUUUUCACCUUGUACAGUUUACUUAUUAAUAACUUUCAUGAAACAAGUAUAAUUAAAUGGUUCACUAAUUUUAUACUGAAUUUGUAAAUGUUAAGCUUUAAGAAUUGAAGAAUAACAUGCUAGGUAAACUGUAAAUGUAUUGGGUUAUAUUUCAGCUUGUGCUGUUUGUUUCCAGCAUAGUUUUAUUAUUCUUUCCUAAAGCUGUUCAGAUGAGUGUGGAUGUUCCUGUAGGCUAUAGCUGGCAACUAACAGACCAUGAGCUAAUAAAUUCUAAAUUAGACACAAUGUGCAGUAAAGUAAGUUUACACAUUAGAUCUCUUUUAACAAGAAGGGUUUUGGGAGGCUGUGUUAGUACAGGCAGGGUAGGUGUGACUAAGGCCGCGUAAACAAAGUGAUUUAUCACCUAAAUUGAAAAGAACUGAGUAGUACACCAAAGCCACUUCAUUAUGCUAAAGUUGUUUUGGGACUUUUUGUGUCCCUUUAUCUUGAUGGGAAGAAAGCGUUGGGUAAAAAGUUAAAUCUUUUUUAUCUAGCACAGUGUAUGUAAUACUUUUAAUUGCAUCCAAUGGCCUUCUUGAUGAAGGCUUGCUUUCACCAUUUUAAGAAACUGGAGGUUUUCGAAUGUGCCAAUCCAAAUAGGUAUCACAUAGGAUAUAGAAGUUAAGUUAUGCAAGUGUCAGCAACACCAUAUAUGGAAAAAAAGUUAGGAUAUGGGACUCCGAUGGUGUUUUUGAAGCUUGUCAUCUUGAAAGUAAUAAAUAACCUUAGCAAAGUUAAACUCUGAUUUUAUCUCACUCUGGUGCUGUUCGCCUCUUAGUAAAUCAUCUGGGUUGAAGGAUUCUGAAUUAAUAUAAUACAGAUAAUAUGUGUAUCUUUUAAAUGUUUUCAAAUUUUUGUUUUAUUUUUUGGGGGAUGGGGAGGCUAUAUACAGAAACAUUUAUACUUUCUGUAGUAUGUUUUAUAUUCCUGAAAUCCAUCUUGCUUCAAUUUCAAAGAUAAAGUUUUGUUUUUCUCGUCUAGCCAUAUUUUUGGGGUUCAUUUAGAUUUGACAUUUGCUGAAGUACGUAUUACAGAAUGUAAUUUUUCUUAUUUCCUAGUUAAAAGCAAUGACAGUGGAAUUCAGUUCAGUGCGGAGGGUAGCAGAGAACUUCUGUCGUCUGCAGCAUCUUCUAACAGUCUGUAUGAUACAGGUUGGUUUUGCUCUUAUAAACAAAAAAGAUUACUCAUUUGCUUAUUGUAAAACCAGUAAGACUGCUUGGUACAUCACACAUUAAGCUUCUAUGCACUGCACAACACCAAACUCAGUGAGUCGACACAAUACCAGUCAUAACCUUAAAAUGAACAAGACCAAUAAGGCUACUCGAAUCAUUUCACUGGAGGAAAAUAAGUUGUAAUACUUGUGUAACGCAGGUAUUUAAACAUUUUUUUUUUUUUAGGAUUACUCUUUAUUAAUACCUAUUGGUGUCAUUUCAGAACAUGAUAAAAAAGAUGAAAAACGUGAUUCCUCUGUGUUUCAAGAUACAAGUCAUCUGAAGAAGCUUCUUCCUGGCCCACAGUUGUACCAGUCAGCAUUUGAGCGAAAUCUUCCAAGCAUGGCUGAGGCCCUAGCUCAUGGAGCGGAAGUAAAUUGGGUCAACACAAAAGCAAAUAAUUCAACACCCCUCAUACAAGCAGUGCGUGGGGUAAGCCAUCCAAUCCUAUGCUUGUGGAGUUGUUUAACAGCAAUUUAAGAAUAAUUUACCAGAAACUUUCCAAUAUUGCCAUUGAGUGUAAGUAAGAUGGUCAUGCAUGUAGUCCACCCUAGAACACUCUUGAAUGUUAGUAUGUGUGUAUUUUUACACUGUUUUCAUGUUUUCCUACUUUCCUAUUAAUUUCAUCAUUUGUAUUUAUCUCUUCUUUUAAUAGGGGUCUCUGGUGACAUGUGAGUUCCUGCUACAAAAUGGAGCCAACGUUAACAACCGUGACGUUAAAGGACGUGGGCCGCUCCAUCAUGCUACCAUGCUGGGGCAUACAGGGUGGGUAUUUGUGUUACCUAUACACUCAGUGAUCCUAAUUAGACCUGGGUGCUUAACGAUAUGUGCCAGAAAGCUGAUUUAUUUGUUAUUUUGACACCUAAAUCCACGUUAUUUGUACCCAUAAACGGAUAUCCAAUUCAUAGAUCAUGUAAAUCGACAUAUGCACUGGUUUGCCAUAUACAGAUUUUCACACUUCUUGUUCCAUGUGUUCACAUGUUAUGUGUGCAUUCAGUGGCCAGAAUGAAGUAGUAGAACAGAGAAUAUCCAUUAUCUAAUAUGACCUGAAAGUUUGUUUUUUUGUUUUGCAAGAAAAUAGUAAAAUGUAUUGUGCACUACAUUUGCAGAAGAGCACAUAAUGUGUUGCAGUUUAAUGUAGGGAUGCGUUAUAUUAUCACUAAUUUACAAACUCCUACCUAGAAGAUAGAUGAACAAAGCUCCAGUGGUUUUAUUUUAAAAUAUACAGGACAGUGAAUAUGAUGGUAAAAUACUAGGGAUGCAGAGUGUGCAGGUUACAAUACAUGUGUAGUACUGGAUACACUAAUCAGAGGCUUUGUGUUGCAUGCUUGAGUGGCCUUAAACUCUUGUUUCUCUCACUAUCCUUUUAGUAAUGGGGAGGUUUGUGUAAUUUUUUUUUCUUUCUAUGUGCAACCUACUUCAUUAUCCACAAGAAAGUUUCCUACCCACCACCUAUACCUAAUGCAGCUUGGUUAAAAUGCAUCUUGUUCACCAUACCUUUUUACGGGGCUUUAAAUUGUAAAAUAUUAGUGAUCCAGGCACACAUUACUGAAAUCAGAAGGUUACAAGAUAAUGAAUUGACAAAGAUCCCUUAUUUAUGUUUUGUUUUUUUGUUCUUUGCUUUACAUAAACUUGUAUAUUCAGUGAAGUUAUAUUGUUUAUCACUAGUAUUCUGUUUGACUAACUUUUAACAGGCAAGUUUGUUUGUUCCUGAAACGAGGUGCAAAUCAGCAUGCCACUGAUGAAGACGGGAAAGACCCUUUGAGUAUUGCCAUAGAGGCUGCUAAUGCAGACAUUGUAACACUGUAAGUGCAGACUGCUGGUUCUACAUAAUUUCUAAACCAUGUUGUCACAAUAGAGCCUAUAAUAAAACUCCUGUUUGAUCACUCAUGAAAACAUAUUCCAUUUUUCAUGCUGUACGCUAUGUGAUAAUUGCUUUACAUCACCAGAUAUAAAAUAAUCUGUGCUAAUAGAAUUCAGCAUGUGGGUAGAAAACAUUUACACUUGCAAUGCAUUAUUCUCUAGAGCAGAUUAAAAACGGUUUCAGGAAUAUUAUUUACUAAACAUUGAAUUAAAAACAGAAUUGUAAAAUUUAGGCAAGUGAGGCUUAUUUUGAAAAAUGACCCCACUUCACCCUUUUCAUAGUUUGUAACUAUAUUACUUUUUUACUUGACUCCAAUCCAGAGUUUAGAGCAGAGAUAGGCAAACUUUGGCAGUCCAGAUGUUUUGGACUACAUUCCCCAUAAUGCUCUUACACUCGUAAUGCUGGCAAAGCAUCAUGGGAGGUGUAGUCCACAACAUCUGGAGUGCCGAAGGUUGUCUAUGCCUGGUUUAGAGAAUAAACUCCUAUAUUUUUAUACAAGGAGGGAAUUACUUUAUGAUUAAGGUAAGAGCCUGUUUGCUUGAAAAAAAAAUCAUGUGAUGUCCCAGUGUCUUUCUGUGUUAACAUUCUAGAAAGUAGGUGGAACAACACUUAACAAAGCGUCUUAUAAAACACAUCUAUGGAACAGAACCAGGUUUUGUGCAGAGAGUACAAUCCAUACCAGAAAUCAGACGUUUGGUAAGCUCACUGUCUUUAUUGAUACUUUCAAUUACUUCCUUCUCUUCCCUUUUCUUAGACUGCGCUUGGCACGUAUGAACGAAGAGAUGCGCGAAUCUGAAGGAGCUUACGGACAGUCAGGUCAAUAUUCUACUAACAGCCAUACGGAAAUGCAAUAUAAAAAAUGCAUGCAAGAGUUCAUCAGCUUGCAGCUUGGAGACUCCGAGUUUGUUGAGAAAUAAGUGGUGAAUUAAACAAGUAGAGUCCUGCAUAAAAUAAAAAAAAUGAUUAUUAAAUAUUAGUAUGGGACUUUACACGUGCAGACGGUCAGGCUGUUUCUCAUUCUUCUGCACAAAGACAAAUUUGUAUUGGCCGAAGUCUCCACCCUGCUAAACCUUUGUCUUGGCUGCUUUCUAAUAGGUAGUCUUUAACCCCUUAAGGACACAUGACAUGAAGUUUGGUCCUUAAGGGUUUAAACCACCCAUAAAUUAACUUUUGCAGUUUUUGGGCAAUACAUCUGUGUCAUUGAUGUGCCAGGGACACCUUAAUGUUUGAGUGUUUGUGUGUGUGUGUGGGAGGGGAGGGGGGAAUAAUGGCACAGAAUAUAAACCCAUACAUUCAAUAUGUGUAUAAAUAUUCUAUUUUGAUAGUAAUAUAUUUAAUUAGAUCGAUUUCUGAAUGAACCAUGGUGAUCAUAUUUAUUUCUUGGCAAAUAGAAUGAAAUAUAUUCUGAACACACUGAAAACAGAUACCAAAGCCAUUAGGAAACAAAAAUCAAUGCAAAUUUAAAUGUUGCAAUAUGCCAAAAACUCCCUUUAUUAAUUGAGCAAUCAGGUUUCUUUUCUCUCUUAUUAUUGUGAUUUAGAAGACUGUAGAAAGAACAAAACUAUUUAUUAAUAGCAUUAUAUUAGUGAGUGAUGUAAUGUGGUUGCUAGCAGCUUUUCUUUGACAUGUAAUUGGCACUUUCUUUCUUUUGUAAAGGUCUUGGAUACUUGCAUAAAAGUCACAUUUUGGUAGUACGAUUUGUUCUGAAUGUAGAAGAAAAGUGUUCGUCCCUUUUAUUAUUUGAGAACUUGGCCUUUUGUAUUGCUCUCCUGCCUGCACUGAUUUUGUUCUUUGAUGUAAUGCGUGCCUUGAUUAUAUUUGGUUCUCAGAAUUGAAUGCCAUACCAUAGCAAUAGACAGUGGUAUUGCAUUUUUAGCUAUUGUAUUAUUCUACAAAUGCUUGUGCUGCGUGUAGAAUGCAGUGAUGCAAGGUAGUAGCUAUGUCUAUUCACUAAUAGUGACUUGGCAAAUGAGCUGCACAAUGUAUGCCAAAACAGUUUUAUCUGCUUUAGCUGUUAUUCACCAAACAGGGAAUUGUGAAGAAUUGCCAGGGAAAUUCUACAUUUUUUUAGGUCCAAAUAGCCAAAACUAGAAUAUGAGUUGACAAAUAUUUCCAUUUGAGCUAUUUUGCCGAAAAUGUACAAUUAUCCCAAAUUUCCAUGUUCAAAGAAUAACGUCUUUGUUAUCUUGAUCUAAAUUUUGCAACAUGUAAGUCUACUCACAGUUCAGUGAAUUAUCCCCAUGUCUGUCUACAUGAACCCCAAGCCAAUGCACAUAAUAGGGUCCUUGGGGUAACUUUUGUGUUUAUGCAAUGAGACCUGAAAUGUCUGUAUUGUUCCGUGCCCCAAGACUGGAAUCUGGGAAACGCUGCCAUAUGUAUUAUGGUGCCUGGCACAACCACGAGAUAGUCUUUUUUUAUUGUUCCUGUGUUUUUGUUUUUGUUGCUUUUGCUAUUUUUAUGUUUUACUACUCAAAUUCCAGGAAACACGUUCUGGUUUGUUGCGGUUUAGUGCCUUAUAUAUUUUUCUUAACGUAUAGCUGAUAUUUUAUAUAAUUUUGGAAACUGUAUUUAAUGUAGGUCAGAAGUCUAUUUAUAUUUUAUGAUAAUCUUUAUGGACGUUACCAUAUACAUAGCAGAUAUUUUGGUGUACAUUAUAUUGGGUUUAAAUCUUUCUGCUAGAAGGAAGUCUUUAGAAAUUGGCAUUUGUUGGCUUACAUAUACACCUCCCCAUGAUUUUAUUAUAGGACGUCAUACUGAUGUAAAAGGUUAGCUUUCUAGUGUUCAUUCACAUCAGGGUUUUAUGUGUUUUUAAAAAAUAUUUAUUUUGUAUUUCUUUCUUUAUGUAGUACAGUUUAUCACUUGCAAGUACAUUCUGGUUCAGUGAUAAAUGCAGCUUACAUACACCAGUAAAUACUUUAAGUUAAUAGCCUAGUUUCUAUUCAUAACGUGCUACACUGGACACCAGACCCAAGUUAAUUAUAAAGCUUCUACAAUUUUUGACAUAAAAUAUGGCUCAAUUGCCAGAGGGAACUAAUGCCAGAGUAUAAGGAAAAUAGUAGAGCCCAUGCAGAACAGCUUGAACUUAAAAUAUCUCCAGCUAGCUUUCCCCUUAAACUGAUACACAUCAUGUUUGCUUGUCAUCUUUGUGUUGUAUUUGCAAAAUAUGUAGAGAUCCCAAAAGUGACAGAGCCACCUUAAAUACAGAAAAAGGAACAAAAUUAUGGGAAGAUUUGUUAUCCCGUGCUCCUUUACCUUUGUUUGCCAACACCCACCUACAUAUCCCUGCCAGUCCAGGACUUGGGGAUUACAUAGUUGUGUCUAAGGUGUGUUUGGGGGGGAAACAAAAAAACAAAACCCCUACUCACAACUGGGUUAUCCAGAAAUCCUGGACUGAUAGGAUGGGUGUGUGAGGAAAGGUUUGAAAACCACUGGUCUAGAACAAAGCUGCAUUGAUAUUCUUGGUACAUGUGUCUUCUGCAUUAACCUUCCCUACACUUCCUGGGAGGGGGGGUGAAUCUUUAAAGCCUCCAAGCAGCAUGAUCCUUUCCAAUAUGAUUUGGAUUGCAAACCUAGAGAAAUUGUUUUUUUUCUGUAUUAUCUCACUACUGAAUACAGUAUUUAUACGUAUAUUUUUCUCCUGCAUUCUGUAUUUUAAAAAAUAAUCCUGUAACUCCUUUACUAUUGGUUUAAGUUUUGUUCAGCCUCCUAGCCAUAAACUUUUCUUUCUGUUGUUUUAACUACACAAGUUGUUUAUAUUUUAAAAUAUUAGAUACUCUGCUUUUCUCUUUCUUUCCAUCUGUCUGGAUGUGAGAAAUCAUAUAACAGGUAUAGCUUGUUUCAUUAUAUCUGCAUGCAAAUGUCCUCUUUGAGCCACAUCUCAUCAUAACUGAUGAUACUAUUUGUCAUUCAAGUGUCAAACCUUGUUUAAUACACAUUUGUACAAUACUUUGUCGAGGAAGCAAGGCACACUGUCCGUCAUAGAAUAAUUUGUACAUUGUUUUCAUCAUUUACUUUUAACUGCAUAAUAAUUCCACAUUGUUGAAUAUGUUCAGAUGUUUAAUUUAUUAUUGAUUUUUGUAAUUUAUUUUUUUAAAUUUAUUUUCUUUUUCAUCCUGCAGGUGAUGAAACCUACCAAGACAUAUUUAGAGAUUUUUCCCAUAUGGCAUCAAACAACCCGGAAAAAUUGAAUCGUUUCCAGCAGUCAGAUUCUCCCAAAUCUUGAAAAUAUUUUUUACCUUUCAGAAUGGGUUAUUAAAAUUAAGUGGAAGGUGCCCAAAUCUGCUUUAACAUGUAAACCAGGGCAGGAAUGGCUUAUGGUAACAGGACCUUUACCCUCAUGGCCUAUAUGAUAUAAAUAGAAUGUGCCAUUGUAUGAUUGAAUAGAAUUGGGUAAAGCGCCAGUUGCUCUAGAAACAUUUUUAGUGUUAAGCAGCUGAUGUGACACAGACCUUAGGUUUUCUCAUCAGUUUAUUUUUUGCUUUGUUUUCCCACCAUUACUGUCCCCAUCUCUCCUCAAGCAAAGAAGGAGACUCCAUAUAGAAUCCAAUGAGAAUUAGUUGUCCCCCUGUCAAAAAGAAGCAUUACGGUCCCCAAAAGUCUAACCACUUAGAAUUUCAAACUUGAUGAGCUACAGCGUAAAGGAUGCUGUGUGCGUUUUUAUGUGUUAAUAGCAACCAAUGGAUCAUGGGCUUCCUAUUGUUCGGUAUUGUCUUUAGAUUACCCUUGCAGUGUUUCAGAUUAACUGCUUCCUAUUCAGCUAAUACUGGUUGCGAACUGUGAUAGUAUGAGGUUUUGACUCAUUCCACCUAUCCCUAAUGUAAACACGUUUGAUCUGUCACUUGGGUAAGCCUGUAUGUAUUAAUCACACUAAGCAGCCUAUGUUUGUUUUAUUGUUGUGUCAUUAUUUUAUUUCUUCAUUAUAACAAGAAUAUGGUCAUGGAUACAUUUUAAUUGUAUGUAAUUACUUCGCUGCCUUUAUGUUAAAAUAUCUCUGUGGCACGUCUUUCUGUCUCCGUAGAAUAAAGAGUGCCCUUCAGUUAGUAUUGAUACAUAACACACACUAAAUUUGUAUGUUAAACGGAAAGCAAACUAUAAUUCCUUUUGCACACUACCUGUAUUGACAAUCUUUAUUUGCUAUUCCACAGACACUUGCAAUGUGUUCAUUCAUUUCUGAAACUGGUUAAGUCUAGCUCAGUGAUUCCCAACCCCGUCCUCAAGGCACAUUCCAGCAUUUAAGUGUUUCCUAAUUCUACCGCUAUGCGAAUAUUGACAAAACCUGUUCCAUUGGUAUACCUGGAGAACUGAGUUGGGAAACACUAGUCUAACUUGCUAUAGGUCCAAGGUAGGGAGCUUGUGCCUUGAAGGGUUAUGGGUUUGUAGUUCUGCAACUGCUGUCAAAGCACACGCUGCCUGUCCUAGGUCUACCAAUUACCUAUAUUGUUAUAGAGUUGUUAUAGUUGUUUAAUCAGUUGAUGUUUUGCUGUCCUCUUUGAUACAAAAAUCUCAAUAUUUUCCCAUGCACCUGACCUUAACAUGAAUGUAAAAUCUCUUUAACAGAUCCUGUCAUGAAGUGAAUAGUGUUAAGACAGGAUUCUUGUAAACCUUAUAUAAGGAUAUUUAGUAAAUACAUAGUUUAGCAAAUGUGUUCUUUUUUUGUAUUUUAGAGAUAGCAGAAAAUAGUUAUAUCGUUAAAAUAUGUAUAUGUCCCUUUUGAUUAUUGUGAUUAGUAGAGAACAUUUUGUUAGUUGUUGGCAAUGAUUUGAAAAGCACAAGUAAUGUAAAUAUUUAUAUAAAGUUUAAUUCUGUGCCAUAAAACAAAAUUUUGUAAGAAUCAAUUGGCUUACAACUUGGCAUUACUUAAUAACCUUUAGGUCCUAUUAAAGGAACAUUCUUAAUAGUCCCGUUAGUAGCGGUCAGUCUGACAGUUACUAGAAAUACAUUGUCUGAUAAAUGUAAACAUUGCCAUUACUCAGAAUUUGGAAUGUUUUACAUUGUUAGUAAAGAGGGACGCCAGCUAUGCACCACCAAAACCACUACGUUAAGAUGCAGAGGUUUGAGUACUUGGCACCCCUCUAAUGGGAAAAAAACUAAACAAAAUGUGCAGUGUUUAGCUCUGGUCACUGCCUGAAUACGUGUUUGCUGAGUAAUCAUUUUAGAAAGAAACAUGGCGCAGCAUACUGGCCAUCUAUGGCUGUAAAUACGCCACCAUUCCAAUUUUUAACAAGAGGAUACAAUUGCCUAUUGUAUAUAUCCCUCCAGGUGUACUCUUUACAUAAGAAGUGGUAGCACGGUCAAUAUGGGAGAACAUUUUACAUUCCUUGUCAUUUCACAAACAGGUUUUUUAGGCAGUUGAUCUGUAAUUGACCUCCCUUAAUGACCAAUAAUGUGCUGUUAUUACAAUGUGUUCUUUAAGGAUACUAUUCCAAUCUGUACUGUUCCAUGCAAGGGCAGUCAAAGCUGAACAAGCAGGAUAAUCCGUUAACCAUUCCUUAUUUCUCCACUCCACAGUGGAUGAAGUGGUGCAGCGCUUAUAGCUAAAACACACCUUUAUCUCUGCGACAAUUCUGAGUCCAGGAGGACGCCUGUGCCCCUUGAAUUUGGCAGGCUAAUUUGCAUCUGAUUUGGGCACCUGACUUGAAAAAUAUCAUACAAGCAUAUGCAUGCUUAGGUAUUGCUUCCAAAGUGCCAUGUGCAUACAUGGGCCCUCAGGAAGCCUACAGACACCAUUCGGUUAAAAUAAUAUUUAAUGCUCUAGCUAGCAGGACAAUCUGGCAUGGGAUACAGAAAAUAAAACACAAACCAAACACCAUUGACUAUUAAAAGCACAAAGUCACAAUCCACAAAAUAAAAAGGUUAACAUGUAAAGUAUUCACAGACCAUAUUGUAAUGAUGUUGGCAGUGUAACAUUUGGCCCUUAAGGGAAGAUUUAUCAAUGUUUUAUGAUAAUAAAAAGUUGUACAAAUAUGUAAAUGUUGUCAAUCACCAUUGGAAUGUUUAUGCAAAUCCCAUUGGUUUCAAUGAUGAUUGCCCCACUAUAAGAACUUUGCAUUGCUUUUUAGAUCACAACAAUUUGAUAAAUCUGCCUUUAUUUAUUUUGCACAAAAGUUAUCAUUUGUUACUGGCAAGAUGCUGAAAUUAGUACACACAAAUCGUUAAAUCUUUUGUACAUCAAAUUAUUAAAUAUCAUACUUGUCGAUGUCAAAGCAUGAGCCGCCUGUUUGUUGGCAGAACACCACGUCUUCUGACAUUUCUACAUUGUGUGCUGCUUUUGCAUUACAUCAUAGCCCAAGCAUAUGUGCGUAUUCUGCAAUAUUCGCAUGAAGGAGCAAUGUCUGCUCCUCCCAUAGCGCUGUUAAUUGGACAACUUUUUUUGUUUUUCUCCUCCCAAGUUACUAUGUUUGUAAUUAAAUAAGUGCACUGGGAAUUAAUGUUAGUGCACUUCAAUAUAUCCUGUCACCAAAACUGUAUAUUCUUUACUGCCAGAGAAUAAGCUUAUAGUGAAUGUCAACUAUAUCUACUUUUAUUGUAAUCAUUUUAAAUCAAACUUGAAUGCCUUUAUAUUUUCUUUUUCAUCUUAAAAGAACACUUAUUCGCUCCAAAUUGUACAUUGUGUAAGAAAUGUAAAUAAAUACUUGAUUAAAUUUCAAUUUGUACAACACAAAGUGGAAAAAUAUGCAAUUUCAAUAAAAAAAAGUUAAAUAAUG